UGUCUGACGCGUUUCGUAUUGAAUAGCCCUACUUCCUCAGAGACUUAUCACUUAUCCUGAUGAAAGUCCACAAGAUGGACUGAUACGUUGAUCUGUUUUAAUGGUAUCUAGAAUAAAAGUUAAUUUUUAUUGAAAAUCUGUGAGUGCAGCCACACUACCUGAUUAUAUGGAUACUCAAGCCCUGGUAAUGCACCCGGUUUGGCAAGUUUGAAGCCUGUGUGCAAGGUACAGUUUAAUAUAAAUAUAUAUAUAUAUAUAUAUAUAUAUAUAUAUAUAUAUAUAUAUAUAUAAUUUUCAUUCUCUACGGUCUGUUUUUCUAUAGUAAAAAUAACUUUAGUUAUUUUAGUCUAGUAAUGUGGUGACUACAAUUCUCACUUCUGAGGACUAAGCCUGUAUAAAUGGUGCAAUAAUGAUAAAAACAUUGUUUUACAACAGGAAAUUUUCAAUGUUACUGCUUUAUUCAAUUUUCCUGCUCCAUUGAUUGUGCAAAUAUAAAAAAAAGCAACAAAUAAAAAGCUUUACUUUUAUUUGUAAAGAACAGAUGUUUAUAUGUUUUGUACUUUGGAUCAUUUUUUUCAGUCGUAUAAACAGUGCAGGCUUUUUCAACAUACUAUCACAAGCGUAUUAUCAUAAUGUGUUUUUGUAAUUAUCUGGGGUAAUUGACCACAGGUUACUAACUUUGAUUUUCUUUUUUUCUUCUUUCCGUGAACCAUUGCCUGCGUACUUGAAUUGUGGUCUGCAUCAUUAUGGACAUCAUAUCGUGACAUGUUUCUCACUCUAUGUAAAUGCUGAAAUCGCAUUGCUUACAAAGUAGCUGUAAGUAUUCCUUCUAAUUCUUUAUAUACAUUCUUUUAAUAGCUAGUAUAUUGGCAUACGUAAAAGAACACUGCCAUGAAAAAAAGUUAGACAUUUUAUAUUUUGUGAUACCGUAUAGUAUCAGUAUAAACAGUAUGCUAAAAUAUAUAUUUAAAUACACACACAUUAAAAAUAAAUAAGUGUGUAUAUAUAUAGAUAUAUAUUUAAAUGUAUUUUUUAAUUUGUUUAUAAAAUCACUUGCCUACCGUUCUCCCUCCUCCAUUUCGGACAGUCAUUACUUAAACCUUCUGUUGGAGUGCCAGUUAUUUAACCCAGUGCUCACUAUUUUACAACUGUCUGUUGUUUUGAAAUCUCCUUGUGUAAAGAGCAUACAAUUUCCAAAAAUGUCAACAUGUGUGAAUUAAAAAUGAAAUGAGUUGGUGUUUUUAACAGAUUAUAUUAUUAUGUUUUGAUGAGUGUUCUUUUAAGACUUUCUUGUUUAGCAAUGUGAUUGGGUAAACUAAUUUUAAAAUGUUAUAUAUUUUGAAAGGAGUGUUCCUUUUUUAGUUUAGAUUUCGUUGUUUUGUUAAAAAUAAAUCCCUAGGUCGCUUCAGCUUCUCCUACUCCAUUGAAGAUAUCAGUUCUGAUUUACUUUUGUCCAGUGCUUCUGAAAAUCAUUGGGGACAUGGGACGCAUGCACUUCAAUCAUGACACUGCCAAGCCAGUGUUUGUCAUAGACCACUUCUUCUGUAUGAGAAGCAUUAGUCUUAUUCAUUGUGUUCAUACUGUGAUCGAAAACCAACUGUCUUAAAGAAGCACUGUCAUGCCGAACUUACCUUUCCACAAUCGAUUCCUUUACUCUCCCUCUGUCAGGAUCUGUUCAUUUCUUCGUGUCUGCUCUAGUAUUCUUUAAAAUCAUAAGACAAAGUAGGGACUAUUUGUUUUAUGGAGGUUUCCUAUGCCUGACCAGCGAUGACCCCCGGAGGAGCAAAGUGUGCUACAUUUCCGGUGGUCAGAGCAACUUUUCCCACAAUUCUCACCUUUUCAUCCGUGUCACUUAGACAGAACGCCGGCGAAACUACCGAAUUGUGUCCUAACUGAAUAAGAACAGUUUCUCCAUUCGUGCUGGGAUGCAAUUCGGGACUUCGAAUGAAUGGCCUUUUUUGGGGCUGAAAAAUUAUUUAUUUGUUAUAGGUAUUUAGUUCUCUUGUUCCCCCUCACUAUUUUAGGUUGAGGGGAGUAGGUAGGGGAUUAUUCAUUUUUUUUGGGGGGGCGGGGGGGAGUGACCUAGGGGCUUGGAGACCCCUAGUCACUUGGGGGGGUGUUAACGUUUUCAUUACGGGCCCCCACCUACUGCUCAGGGGCCCCCCCUUAUUGUAAUUUAGGACCCCCACCCGCCACUCGGGUGGGGGCCGGGGGGAUGGGGAGGACAAUAGGUCCUCCUUAAAUACGGGAGGGGGGAUACUAGGAUUUUUUUUUUUAAGUGUUUAAUAGACAUGCCCCUUCUCACGGUAUAGCGAGUAGGGGAAGAAUUUACUAAUACGAAGUAAUCUUUGCUUAGUAUUAGUAAAUUUAGCUGAAAGACCGAUUUAGGUCUUUCAUACUUUUGGUAGAUAGCUCCCUAAUACCGUGGGAACUAGGGAGUUAUCUGCUAAGCGGCUGCAAGAUGCAGCUGCGCUCAGAUCUGAAUUUUUUUAUUCGAAUGAAAUUCCGAUCUGAACACAAUGCCGAAUUGCAUCCGAACACGAAUGGAGAAACUUCCGUUAGGACGGGAAAUGUGAAAGGAGGCUUCGCGGGAACACGGAGGAAAGGUAAGAAUUGUUGGAAAAUAGUUCUGACCACCAGAAAUGAAGCACACUUUGCUCCUCUGUUGGUCAGGCGUAGGAAACCUCCAAAAGACAAAUAGUACCUACUUUUGUCUUAUGAUUUUAAAGAAAACUAGAGCAGACAGGAAGAAAUGAAGAACAGAUCCCGACAGAGGGAGAGAAGAGGAAUUGUUUGGGGAAAGGCAAGUUCGGCAUGACUGUGCUGCUUUAAGGUCUCUCUGACUGUAAUGCAUUUUUACCAGAAUGUAAACAUUGAUGUUUCUCAACAGCGUUUUGCAUUGAAUAGAAACGUUCUGCAUGUUGAUCCAAAUGCAUUUUUGUUAGUUUCUACUGAUAUACAAUAUAACUUGGCAAAUACGGUACUUGUUAUUGCAGGUACAAUAUCAAAAAUGCAAAUAUACAUACAUUAAGGGCAGGAAAAACAAACAAAAAAACAGGUGGACACGUUUAUCACAACUCUGACAAAAAAGGAACACCAUCUAUGCACCUAGUGUCAAGUUUUUGUUAGGAUGUAGUUCCUUUUUAGUUUCAAACUUUAUUCUUUUUAAGGCUUCUAGACAAAGCCAUAAUAUGUUAAACCAGUGAAGAAAUGAUGGCAGAUUUUAAUGGCCAUUUGUAUAAUGCUACUCCAAUUUUUAUUUUUAAAUCUUGCUUUGCCAAAAUAUAAGGCUAUCAGUGCCUAAAUGGUUAAUCAUUUGUCAUUUCAGUUGCACAUGGUAGCAUUUUUGCAGACCUUUUGUGGCCUAAAACAGGUUAAAACUUCGGAAUAUUUAUUCAGUUUGUGAAGGAAAUUCUGGACAGCAGAUAUUUAAAGCACUACCACUUAUAAGCAUUAAAUGAUUACAGCCUACUGAAGGGACAGGUAUAAAGAGCUUAUCCUUAUUGAGCCUGUGUGGUUUUCAACUAAACAAUGAGUUGUGGAGAAGCAAUUGGCCAGAAGUAGGGAUUAGUGGCCGUUAAAUUCUUUCUUAACGAUAAGAAGAUAUGCUAAUAGUUUAUCCUAUUUAUUAACUGUAGCAACAGAAGAACCUUGAAGGAUAUGUGGGGUUUGCCAAUCUCCCAAACCAAGUGUACAGGAAAUCCGUGAAGAGGGGAUUUGAAUUCACACUUAUGGUAGUAGGUGAGCAGUUCAACAUUUUUCAUUAUACAAAUUGUAUGGAAUGGAUUUGUUUGUUGGUAACAUUGUUUACUUGAAUCCCACUUGAAUCCCGUUUAGUUUAACAAAGUUUGCGAUCAUAGUAUUAUAUUUAUCUCUGUACUGCCAUCCUAUUGGCAUAUUUCAAAGCAGUGCAUAGCAGAAGAAGACACCUUGAAUAUAUGUGUAUGUCGUCAUGGGAAAAUUGAUGUACGCCCAAGUUAGCUUGCUUCAACAAAGGACAAUGUCUGUAAAGCUUGAGUUUUGUUUGUCUCUACUGCACACCAUACUGAACUGCAUGCUUUAAUAGUGUUUACAGAACUGAGGGAAAAGUGAGCUUUCAGCAGCUUGAAACUCUGGUUUCCUCUUAAACUCUGGCAAAUCUCUUGAUAUUAAGACAUACUCUUGCCUUGGUGGAAAAAAUAAAAAGAGCAUAAUCUUAUACCUUAAUUCACAUACCCUCUAUUCACAAAUCAGCUUUGUAAUUCAGUGUGUAAUCAGGAGCUGACCACCUGACAUCACUCAACACUAUAGCCAAUCACUGUCCUUAUAGGUACGCUUUCCCAUUAGCAAAGCUUUGAAAUACUGUAUGGAUAAAGAGGACAGUGAUUGGCUGUUGGGGAGGAAUUACUUCAGGAAAUCAGGUUACACGCAUCUCUCAGUGGCCGAAUACAUCUGACACACACUCACACAGCGAACUUAUUAUUUUUUUUUAAUUCCCCGAUUUAUAAGAAAAAGUAGGGUCAACUUUACUGUAUUUAGAACUUGAAGGUCGACAAAGGGUGAAGGUUUUGUCUAGGGGGUCCCAUAUAAAGGCUGAGGGAUGGGGAGCAGAUACAUUUAUGUUAGAGUUUUAAGAAUUUAAUGAGUUGCAUCAGGAAGGGUGAUUUGAGAGAGUAUACAUGCACACUCAAAGCAUUUGUACAACAGCAGGAAUUUAAUGUAUUAGAUGCACAUGACAUGUCAGUGGCUUGGGAACCUGUAAAACUGGUUUUGAGUGCUGUCUAGAAUUGGGUGGAGCUAGAAGAGAUGCUGUAAUAAGUUUUUUUUUAUCCAGAAAGUUAUGGCCAAAUUUAAACGAGUUUGGGGUUCUGCCAUCCAGAAACACUGACUAUCUUAUUUCAUCUCUGCGGCAGUGGAUUGGGUUAAAUACACAGACUACAGUUCUAAUAGCUUGAAUAGUCAGCCUACAUCAUUGUUUAAUUACAUCAUAUACCAGGUUGUUCUGGCACAGUCUGUGCAUACAAUGAAUUUACCUGUAUGUGCACAUAUAACACUAAAGUAGUGCACAGAUGUACAAUGCUCCACCAUACUCAGAGCUGUGACAGACCUUCAUUAAACACUUAUUUCAACCAUUAAAAUAAAAAGGCAGUCUGUAAGCAGUAAAGCUUACAUAUCUAUGCAUCUUUUUCAUUUUACACAGGUUACUUCCUCUUAACUGAUCAGUCAGGCAUGUGCUUGGGCAGAAUUAGCUCACUAUGGUCUAAAGCAGAUAUUGGUAGCCUGUGAGGUAACUGUCAAGCAGCUCUGUGAGACAACAAUUUUUAUAUGAAGUUGGUACAGAAAUCUUGCUCCAACCCUUUUAAAAACAAUUUUUAAUUUGGUUAACAAUGCCCUGUGGGACAUUGCUAUUAGGUACCCCCUCCACCUUAAGUCCCGUAAAAAUGUUUUAGACUUACUUGAUAUUCAGCACUAGGCAAAGCGUCCUGCAUUGUCUUCCACUCCCCAUCCUGACGUCCUCUAUGCGCUAGUGCACCAAUCACAGGCUUCUGUUAUUGCACUAUUUCACCGACUUGUGUCGAAGGUAUGGUGGGAAAGAAGUUUUAAGUUCUAUAUGGAGCACACACAAGGGUAGAAGAAAGAGGUCUUCACUUUAAAGGCACUCUGCCUGCAAGAGUAAAGAUUAAGUUUGUUGCCAGCGUGCAGUGCAUGCUGAAGACUGACUUAAAAUAUGCACAGAAUUGACAUUACAAAGCCCAGAACAAGCCCCCUGGCAUACAGCUGCAAAUCACUGAACUAGACCUCCAUCAUUUCAGAGUGAGACAAUGGGCAUCAUUGAAUAACUGUAGAUGAAGUAUGAAGGCUCUCUGCAAGGAAUAAAAAUCAUGCAAUGUGUUGCUCACCCCUAUUUACAUUCUUUGUUUCUAAAAACGCUCCGAGGCUGGAGUUGACCUCCUUUUUGGGGGUCAAUGUGUAUUUUCUACUUGCAUUUCAUAAAUGCACAGAUCGGUGUUGUAAAUGUAUUCUCGUUUCCAGUAAGUAUUUACUCAUGCAGCGGCUGAGACUUCUGAGGCAAUCCUGGCCCUAUCUUUGUUGUCAGACACAUGUCCCAUAAUCUGCUCUUUAGGAAGGAUUUUGGGGCUUUCUAUUGCAGCAGGCACAACUCUCCCUAACCAUAUCAUGUCCUCAUACAGGGAGGUGAAGUUUGGGAAGGGACCUGAAGCUCUUACUUUCCCUUUCAUUGAUGAAAAGUCCAUGUGUUUUUCCACAAAAAGUUUAUAUUUAAGAGAAACUCAGAAACGACUGCACCUCACAAAUUCAAGAGACCUCUUAAACUACUCUGCAACUAAUAGAAUCAGGAAUUAUAUUGUAAAUCAAGUCAUGGGUUUCUUUAUUACCAUGAAUGUGAUGGUUUAAAACCACCAUUUACCAGCUGUGGUACUGUGUAGAUGAUUGUGGAAUGUAAGUUUUGUUUUUUGGUUUUUGACCCACAAAAAAUAUAUAGUUUUGCAAAAAAAAUUGCAGUACUUUCCAGAAACAAGCUUUAAGUUUAAUUUUUCAUUCUUGCUGAAACAAUUGUAAGAUUAGAUUUCUAACUCACAAUAAAAAUUAAGACCGUAACAGAUUCCACUUAUAUUUUUUAUUUUACAUAUUACAAGUAAAACUACUUUACUAAACUAUUCUGCUUCAUUCUUCCUCGUAGACCUUUUUAAGUGCAGAACUGUUUCCCACCUGAGGUAUUAAAUAAAAAACACUUUUUUGUAAAGACUAUAAAUGGAUGCAAAGAGGUACCUGUAUUUAUUUCACUUGAUUUGCCAGUAAAUGAUUGGCUAACAUUUUCAAAUUGCUUGCAUCAUCUUUUAGGGUGAAAAUGAUACCAAAUGUCCUUAAUAACAGUUUUUACAUUAAACACUAAUAUAAGCACUGACACCACUUCAUCUCAUUGAAGUGGUCUGGGUGCAGUGUCACUGACCCACUAACCCUGCAAUCUAAAACUUUGUGGUUUCAGAGAAACUGCAAUGUUUAUAUUGCAGGAUUAAAGGGAAAGUAUAGUGCCAGGAAAAGUUAAUUUUCUGGCACUAUUGCUCCCUCUAGUGUCCCCCUAUCUGGUGGCCCCCCACCCGCAGUACAGAAGAGGUUAAAAACCCCUUCUGUGACUUACCUGAGUCCAGCGCCGGUGUCCCUUGGCACUGGCUUGGGUUCCGCCUCGUCUCCAUUGCUGUGCUUGCACUAGGGCAUCCCCCAUAGGAUAGCAUGUAUAAUGGGGUUUUAUGUGACACUUUACGUCCCCAUGCAUAGAGUGUGGAUGUUCAGCGUCAGGCAACCAAAAGUCUCCUUACGACCUGUGGUAGACAACCACUAGAGGUGGAGUUAACCCUAGCAGGUAAUUAUUGCAGUUUCCUAAAAACUGCAACAAUUACCUUUGCAUGGUUAAGUGACCUGGAACACUGCACCCAGACCACUUCAAUGAGCUGAAGUGGUCUGGGUGCUUACAGUGUCAUUUAAAGGACCACUCUAGGCACCCAGACCACUUCAGCUUAAUGAAGUGGUCUGGGUGCCAGGUCCAGCUAGGGUUAACCCAUUUUUAAAUAAACAUAGCAGUUUCAGAGAAACUGCUGUUUAUUAAUGGGUUAAGCCUUCCCCCUAAUCCUCUAGUGGCUGUCUCAUUGACAGCCACUAGAGGCGCUUGCGUGAUUUUCACAGUGAGCGCACACCAGCGUCCAUAGGAAAGCAUUAUAAAUGCAUUAUAAAUGCUUUCCUAUGCGACCGGCUGAAUGCGCGCGCAGCUCUUGCCGCGCGUGCGCAUUCAGCCGACGGGACGGGACGGGGCGGAACGGAGGAGGAGAGAAGGAGGAGAGCUCUCCGCCCAGCACUGGAAAAAGGUAAGUUUAAACCCCUUUCCCCUUUACAGAGCCUGGCGGGAGGGGGACCCUGAGGGUGGGGGCGAGUAUGUUUUCCUGGCACUAUAGUGGUCCUUUAAGACUUAAUGAGCAGCUAAGUCCCCAAAGCCAGUUGGAGGUAAUAAAAGGGAAUGCGUCCAUCAGGUCGCUUAUCAGGACAUGAAUGUGCUCGAGUAGAAAAUCAUAACUGAACUCAAAAUAGAGAUAAUGUAAAACAAAAUCAAAUGAUGAGGUAUGUCUUCACUAUACAGUUGUGGUGAAUCUGCAAGUUGCAAAGCCAGCCAAGUCAGAAUCCCAUAAGCUCUUUUCCAGCACAUGUAUGUUUAGUUAUAUUUUGCAGUUCAUUGUUUAGUGAUUAAACCCCUUAAUCUGACAACCAGGCACUAUAAAGACUCACAUCCUCCUGCUCCAUGUUCCAGUGACAAGAAAGUGGCUCAUGUGACAGGGACCGUAUCUGGUGGUAAUAGCCCUGUGAACAAUGGUUAUAUUGAAAAGGGAAAAAAACAAAACUCUGAAGGAUGCAACAGUGAUCAUUACUGGAGCAAAGCAUGACUUCCUGAGUUACUUGGUUUAGUAACCUUGAAUUGCAGACCGCAAAGACCUAUGAUUUUACAAACCAAAACUUAUAAUGGGUAUUUAGCUUUUGUCCUAUAAAGAUCCAUUGACUCACUAAAACCAGCCAUAACAGUGUGGUGUGGCUCUAUUUUGAAGGUCUGAUGGGGAAUAACUUGCAUUGCUUUUUGAUUUUUUUUUCUCCAACUGCGGGAUGAAUUGUGUUCAAACAUGUAAUUAGCCAAUAUUCUUCUCACUUCCACUGUGCUUUACAGUGGGUUUGUCAUCUACCAUGAAUAGUGGUGUUCACCAUGGUACAGGCUGACUUAAUGACAGGUGAAUGCACUAAUGUGUAUUACCCUUUAUUCCACAUGCAAUAGAUAUAAGAAAGGAAUUUGGUAUAGAAUAUAUAUUCUAGGGAUCGACUGAUAUUGAUUUUUUUAGAGCCGAUACCGAUAAUCUGUUAACUGUCAGGCCGAUAGCCGAUAACUUGCCGAUAUUCUGUACAUUUACCAUUUUGAAAAAAUAAACUAUUUCUAAAAGGUAAAUGCACACAAUAUAAAAGCUGGAUGCAGUGUGUUUAGACAGUGGAGCUGUGUAUAUUUGUGUAGUGUAUAUAUAAUGAAUGCAGGGUGUGUUUGUGUAGUGUUGUAUAGUUAAUGCAGUGACUGUGUAGUGUGUAUAUAAUGAAUGCAGAGUGUGUGUUUGUGUAGUGUGUGGUGUAUAAAGGGAAUGUCUGUGUGUGUGUGUAAAGUGAAUGCAGUGUUUAGUGCGUAUAGUGAAUGCAGUGUGUUUGUAUAGUGUGUAUAUAAUGAAUACAGUGUGUGUGUGUGUAUAUGAUGCAGUGUUUGUCGUGUCUGUGUAUAUAAUGCAGUGUGUGUGUGUUUUUCUGAAGGGAUGUGAUUUGUGUAAAAUUUAUUUUAAUUUUUAAUGUUUGUUUAUUUUAAUAUUUAUGUUUAUUUUUUUAUGCUUAUUUUUAAUAGUUAUGUUUUAUUAUUUUUGUUGUCCCCCCUCCCUGCUUGUUACCUGGUGAGGGAGGGAGGAUAUGACACUCCCUGGUGGUCCAGUGGCAUUGGCUGAGCUGGGGGGGGGGGGCGCAGGUAGCGUUUACUUACCUCCCCUGCAGCUCCUCCAGCUCCCAGUGUAAGUCUCGUGGCCCAUAGUGCCUGACGGCCGCGGGUCUCGCAAGACUUACACUGGGAGCUGGAGGAGCUGCAGGGGAGGUAAGUAAACGCUACCUGCGGCCCCCCCCUAGGACCGCCGGGCUUGUAAUGAGCCUGGCGGUCCUAGGAGGUAUUAUCGGCAAUAUCGGUAUCUAUAUUGGCCGAUACCGAUAUUGCCGAAAAUACCGAAUAUCGGCCGAUUAUAUCUGUAAAACCGAUAAUCGGUCGAUCCCUAAUAUAUACACACACACCUUAAGUGGAGCGCUAUAGAUGUUGAGGAAUUACUUCACAUGGUCUUGAUUGGGUCGUAUAUGUCACAUAUAGAUAUAGAAGAUAAAAAUAUACAACACAGUGCAGAUUGUAAAACGUUUGUGCAAUAUCAAAUGAGGUAGAUAAAUGGAUCACUCACAUUUUCCAGAGCCUGUAUUUUGGCUCUGUAAAUUGGAAAUUAACUAACACUGCUAUAUCACAUCUAUCAAGCUUGGCAACAAGUUUUUAUUAAUCACUAUUGGCAUCACUGGCAUCAUGGCUGAUGGAUUUUGUCAUCCCAGGGUACGUAUGCUCAAGGGCAACAGACUGCACAUACACGGAGUGCUGCUGAAACACUUACAUAUGUGCCAGAUUUCCCUGUAAUUCUCUAUAUGCGCAGUGUGCGUUUGAACAUGUGUUCAUGCUGCACAUUUCCCAAGACCUCCUGACCAAGUACUCCUGUCGAGCUUGCACAUAAUGCACAAACAACUUAGAGGAAGCCAGUGCUGUCCAUGUCAGACAAGGCAGGUUGACAGCUUCAGUUAUUUUUGCAAACAUCUGCAGUUACAAGCGUCUGUACAGGGGGACAAGGAUCAGUUAACUCUCUGCUCCAUAAAAUAGGCAAUUAGUUAAGGUGCUUGCAGUGUUGUCUGUUCCAAAUCAUAUAGCACUUCAAAGCUGAAUAUCAUAGCCAUGUUAAAUCUGCAGAAGUUUGAUGGGUACAAGAUCACAAAGAUAAAAUAAACUUUCUCCGUCUGACCUGCACAUUAAAAUGCCAAAAGCUGCUCAGCAAAAUCAGCGUGUGACUGGCUGUUAACAUAAUAUGGUUUUUGCAUGCUUUUUCAUUGUCGUCAAAUAUUUGUUAAAGGAAUACUAUAGUGCUAGGAAAACAAAGCCUACAGUGCACCCCUCCCUCAGACGCUAAAAGGGUUUAAAACCUCUUCCGUCACUUACCUGAAUCCAGCUCCAAUGUCCCUUGGUGCUGGGUCAGGCUCUGCCCAUGCUCCUUCCAUGCCAACUUCAGGCGGUGGGGGAGACCUAAUGUUUAAGAACAGCAAGUGCCGCGCUCUCAUUAGGAUUACUAUAGGAAAGCAUUGUUUCAGUGCUUUCCUAUGGAGAUAUGAUUGACGCUGGAUUCCUCCUGCACAGCGGGAGGACGUCCAGCGUCAUUUAGGCGACACUUGGUCGCCUAAAUAUACGGAAGUCCCUCAAGUGGAUGUCUGGUAGACAGCCAUUAAAGGUGGAGUUAACCCUGAGAAGUGAUUUAAUACUUACCACUGUAGGGUUAAGGGACAUGGGACAUUGCACCCAGACCACUUUAAUGAGCUAAAGUGGUCUGGGUGCAUAUAGUGUGCCUUUAAAUCUUGUGAUGCAAAGCUACAAUUGUAAAACACUUCAUGUGGUUAAAAGGUGUGUGUGUGUGUGUGUGUUUCUCUUUUGUGAACAGAUUAACAAUGAAAUCACCAUUUAGCAGUUUGAUGUAUGUGGUAUUUAUUAACUGGGUGUGCUCGUGUAAAGUAUGAAUCCAUAUGUACUGGUUGUGUACUUAUAUAAUAAACUAAAUUCCAUUAAGUUUUUAUUAGGUUCCAUUAAACUGAAUCCCAUUAACCCCUCAACGCCGUUACGGCGUACUAUGCCGUCCCACUUUAAUUUGGCAUUAAAGCCGUUGCGGCGGCAUAGAACGCCGUAACGGCUUUGAGCACUGGAGCGCCCGGUAUACUCACCUUACCGGCGCUCCCCUGCGGGAGGACUGCCUGACAGCCCAGGCAGCCCUCCCCAGGCAAAUGAAGCCCCCGGGGGCCAUGUGAUUGCUCUCAAAGAGCGAUUUACAUGGCCCCCUAUAGAUGGCUGUGGAUCUGCCAGCAGGGGGACUAUCUGAAAUAUCAGACAGUCCCCCUGCUGGUAGGAAAUGAAAAAAAAAAAAUUAGAUAUGUUUAAGUAUACAUGUAGAAUUUAAGUACCUAUAAAUGCAUAUAUAUUAAAAUUCUACAUGUAUAUUUAAUCUUUUAACAUAAUUUGAUUUGAUUGACAUGCCUGACAACACAGGGAGAAAGUGCAGAGAAUUUAAUUCGCAAGCACUAUAUUUGACCCUGUAACUCUCCAAGACACCACAAAACCUGUACAUAGGGGGUACUGUUUUACUCAGGAGACUUCGCUGAACUCAAAUAUUAGUGUUUCAAACUGGUAAAUUGUAUUACAACGAUGAUAUUUUAAGUAAAAGUGAAAUAUUUUGCAUUUUUAUUUACAAACGCCACUUUUAUGGACUAUAUUAUUGUUGUAAUAUGUUUUACUGUUUUAAAACACUAAUAUUUGUGUUUAGUGAAGUCUCCCGAGAAUAACAGUACCCCCAUGUACAGGUUUUAUGGUGUUUUGGAAAGUUAGAGAGUCACAUAUAAGGCUUGCAUUUCAUUUUUUUGACAUUGAAAUUUGCCAGAUUGGUUAUGUUGCCUUUGAGAGCGUAUGGUAGCCCAGGAAUGAGAAUUACCCUCAUGAUGGCAUUCCAUUUGCAAAAGUAGACCACCCAAGGUAUUGCAAGUGGGGUAUGUCCAGUCUUUCUUAGUAGCCACUUAGUUCUCGGGAACACGAAAAAAAGAGAAAAAAGCAAACUAUAUUGUAUUUUCUGUAUUUUAUUUUGACAUGUACCCCAUAUUUUACCAUUGAAUGAGACUACGUUUUGGUAAGAUUUAUCUGUGUUUGAGCGCUCCACUUAUAGGUGUAGGUCCUUGUCACUUACACCGUACCAAUAUCUACUAAAUUUAUUCAGUGGAAUAGAGGAUAUUUCCACACUAGUGUAUUGAGCUGCCUGUAAAUCACUUUUUGACUCUUUUGAGAACUUUUGUUAUACACACUCCUCUGUAAAAAUAGGCAACCUUUGAUUGGUAUUCAAGGAUCCAUGAUAGUCUGCUAGAGUUCAUUCAGACAGAGAGAAACAAGCAUUGUUUUUGCCAUGUUAAGCUUACAGAAUAUACCAUAUUUUGAAAGAGAACCUUACUAAUUUCAUAUUACUGACAUCUCAGAACAAGUCCUUUUGUGUCUUUGUUAGUGAAUGGGGCAAAAAGGACGAUACCUUUCUGAAUGCCAUCAGUAUAGCUGCAGUAUGUUGCCUUUCCUUCCAGUUUUUGUGACUAUUGAGAUUCCAUUAGUAUGUGAGCUCGCUUUAAAUGCUUAUCUGUUCACGGACUGCAAGGUUUGACCUGAAAAGUCUGAUCAAUUUUAAAUUUCACCCUUCUCGCUUGUUUUUAAACGUAGCCUUAGUGUUCCUUUCCCCUUGUCAUAUAUUUGCAUUUUCUGUUACAGUACAUUCUUUGUUCCACAAUUGCAGCUGCUGUGUGUGUUCGGGGCUGGACUUUACACCAGUGUGCUUGUCUGGGAAUUAAAGUAUAGGAUUUUUUAUUUUAUUUUUUUUGUGUGGAUUUAACUUUUUAGCGCCCACGCCUUAUCUCAAAUAGGUAUAUCCCAUGUUAUCAUUAAGUGUCUAUCCUGCAGCAAUUCCCACAGGCUUUGCUUUACCUUCAAUGGCAUUCUCUUCAACCAGAAAUUGCAUAAGAUUGAAACCUGCUCUUGGUUUUCUGUUGAAAGCAAUGGGAGAAGUUCUGCAUAUGUUCAUGUGGCUUGUAGCCCCCAUUGGAAUGAAUACAGAAUGCUUGUGCACGCGAGCCACAGUCAUUCUUGUAGGGAAAUCCCAGACAGAGUGAGCAUAUUUUUAUUUAUAAAAUAUUUUAUCAGGAAAGAUGCAUUGAGAUUUCUCUCGUUUUCAAGUAUGUCCUAGGGUACAAUAAAAUACAAAACCAAUAUUAAUACACAAUAUAUACAAAAUUUAACAUAGUAUGUAGAGAGAGAUCUCUUAAAGGAUUUUAGGCUUGGUGAAGAUUUGAAAGUGUGCGGAAGGUCGUUCCAUAAUUGCGGUGCUCUGUAGGAAAAGGAUGAUCGGGCCGCUUUCUCUUUUGUACUGAGGUAGACUAAAUAAAGUGCUGGUACUGGAUCGGAUGUUAUAGGAGGUGGGAACAGCCGAGGAGAGCAUUCUGCUCGGGUAGGGUGAGAGUUUCCCAGAAAAGCUCUUAAACACAAGGCUGGAAAGAUGAAGGGUGCGUCUGGAUUCCAGCAACAGCCAGUUCAGUUAUUUUAGCAUGUCACAAUGGUGGGUCCUGUAAUUACAUUGUAGCACAAAUCGGCAGAACGAGUUAUACAAUGUAUUGAGUUUAUUAAUGUGGGAUUGCGGUGCAGGUGCAUAUACUACAUCCCCAUAAUCAAUGAUUGGCAUCAGCAUUUGCUCCACAUUCUUUUCCUUUACUGUAGGGCUUAGGCAGGAUUUGUUUGUGUACAGGGCACCUAGUUUUGGAUAAAGUUUAGAUGCAAGUUUUUCUAUGUGGAGGCCAAAAGAUAGAUAAGGGUCUAACAACAUACCCAAGUAUUUGAAAGAGUGGACUGCGGUCAGUGUGCUAUUUAAAUUAGUUUUGAUGGAUAGAUAGGAAUUGUGUAGUUUGUGUAAUUUAGUUACUGUUCCAAAGAUCAUUGUGACAGCUUUGUCAGUGUUUAGGAAGAGUGUUUUUUUUGCAAUCCACUUUUCUACUUCUGUAAACUGGUCUUGGAGCACAGCCUCAAGCUGCGGUAGAUCAGAUUUGCUCGCAUAGAUCACUGUGUCUGCGUUCAUGUGUACAUUUGAGGAUUUGCAGGUCAUUUAUAAAUAAUGUAAAUAGUAGGGGGACGAGAAUGGAACGGUGGGGAACACCACAUGUGACUGGGAGAGGGAGGGGCUCACUUUCAGAAAUGGACACAUAUUGCGGCCGAUCCGAUACAUACGAUCGAAACCGGGUUAGCGGACAAUCCCAGUUCCUGAGUUUUUCAGUUUGUGCAAUAGAAUGUCGUGGUCUACUGUGUCAAAGGCCUUUGCAAAAUCAAGGAAAAUAGCUCCAGUUAGGUCUCCUUGUUCCAUGCUAGCUUGGAUGUCAUUGCAAACUUUUUAAGAGGGCAGUUGUAAUGGAGUGAUUCGGGCCAAAACCCGAUUGAUCAGGGGUCAGAUAGUUUGAUUGUUGGUAAUACUCAGUUGCGUAUGGACACAUUUUUCUAAGAUUUUUGACAAUACCGGGAGCAAUGAUAUUGGGCGAUAGUUAGAAACCAAAGUAGUGUCAACACUUUUAUGGAUAGUCACUACUCUUGCAGUCUUCCAAAGUUUGGUUAUGUUUCCAGACACCAAGGAUUGGUUAAUUAGGGUUAUGACAGGUUUAGCAAUUGCCGGCGCACGGAGCUUUAACAGCAUUUUAGAUUAUUAAGGUGUUUCUUAAUGACAUUAAUAGGUACAGGUCUAAAAAUUAACUUGUCUAUAUUGGGUCUUUUUUCUUAUUUAGUGGGGCCUGAUCCACAUCUGUAGUUUCAGGAUGCUUGUCAUUUAUUAGCUUGGCAAUCAGGAGUGUGGAGAAUCCGACAAAAUAAUUGUUAAAGGCAUUUGCUACAUCUAAGGGAAGUUGCAGGGUUUGGUUACCCACUUUCACACUGGAGGAACUAUGUGUUGGGAACUAUGUAAUUUUUCAGUGUCUGUCAGGCACACACUAGUGUUGGGAAUCCGAUUUAAGAAACUAUAACAUAUAAUCUAAUUAUUUUCCAUUCUCAAUCAGGGUUGUUGAUUUUUUUUUUUUUUUUAUGAUUUUUUUUUUUAGGCCAGUGGUGGUCAGUUGGGUUGCUGGUUUAUAAAUAUUUUCUCACAGUGGAUAGAAAAUAUAUUUUUUGUUUUCUAAAUACAUGAUCUGCAUGCCCCAAAAGCCUUUGAACCUCCUUUGCUCUACAUUUAUAUCUUCUCCUGGUCAUUGACUUGACUACUCAAAGGUUAAAAUCAAUUUUGGUUUCUUGGCAGUAGCUUCAAUCCCCAUCCCCCAGACUUCUUGGGUUUGGGCUGGGAAACUUCCUGUGUUUUUCAUUCAAGCAGCUAGAGCAAGGAGCCAAGGAACUCUGCUGAAUUUAAACAUUGUACUGAAAAUCUUGUCUUUGGAUUUUAGCAGGGAAAAAAAACUUUGCAAACUGGGCAUCAGAUUGUGGGUUAUGUAACUUUGAAGAAAAGCUCAAAUAUGAUUUCUUGGCAAUUUGGCAAUAGUUUAUAAGUCAAUAACUGUCUGAAAUUUGAGUUUAAUGUCUGCGCCAGGUCAGUAAGCCUUUGGCUGUGUGCUUUAGCUUCCUGAUGCCACAUGUAACAUUUUAUUUAUAUUGUAGAUUAAUGGUGUCAUAGGAUAAUCCGUAAUAAAAUGAGAUUUGUUAUCAAAUGAAAAUGAUCAAGGAGGCUCCAAAAUAAACUGCAUGUUUGGGAAAUAGGAUGCACUCACAUUUUUCAUGUUUAGUUUGACUGUGUGUACAUGUGCAAGAGCCAAUAUCAUAUGGCAAGAUUUAGAACAAGCAUAUUUUUAUUGGAAUUUUUUUUCCCCUCAAACAAACUUUAAAUGGAUAAGUGCUUUGAAAUGUGAUAUACCAAAAACAGUGAUGAGUACCCAAGUAGUCUGUAAUAAUGGUGGGGCAAACCCAGUCCUGCAGUUGUGAUGUCUGUUUCCAUUCAGUAGGUUUAUACCCACUGUCGGUACACAUAACUCCUAUUUGGUAUUGCACAUCCACAAGGGACAUGGUUGCCUUUCUGUUAAUGCUGAAUAACAUGAGCUUCCACCUACAUAUUUACAUAAUUGUAUUAGAGAUUUUUCGUGAUGCUUCCAAUUUUCUCUUUAAUACCCUGCCUAACUUGCAUGUAUCCUCCAAAUUGACACGUUUUGACUGAUAACUUUAUUUAGUGCGAAGACCCAAUGACUAAAAAAUAUUUACUAUAAAACCCUAAAGGAUCAAGGAUCACUAUUGCAAAGUGCUGUGGAAUAAGUUGGUGUUCUAUAAAUGCAAAAAGUAAGCCAGAGACCAGUUAUUCUCGUUACUAGUAGAACUCAUUCUCAUACCUAGACUCUCUUCCCCUCUCAUAGACUUGUGAAUUAAUAAAAUUCCUUUCUCAUGUGGGAAAGUAGUAUUUGUAGUAUACUUUUAUGGCCAUAAUAUGCUUAGUCUGCCACUACAUAUGUUUAUACCAGUAACAGAGAAAGGGGUACAGGCACUCCAAUAGCUUUAGGCACAUUUAUUAGAAUCAAAGGAGCACUGCAGCGUUUCAACCCAGAAUUGGGUUUUUGUCAAGCUGUACUCUACCUCUAUAUUUUGUACUACAUAAUUUUUAUCCGUAAUUGGCCAGCUCCUUUCUAGCCUGUUUUUAAGCUGCAUCUCCUUCCCAGCUGUUUAGAUACCAGAAUUUGCUUGGGAAUGUUUAACAUAUUGUUGGCUCAGCUGUGAUUGGCAUUCAAAUUCACCUCCUGGUCAAGUAACGCUAAAUGUUAAAAUGCAAAUUAUCUUCAAUACUAUUUGAAGAUGACCCUACCCUAUUAAAAUAUUUCAAAUUCCUUGUCUGCCACAGAUAGUUAAAAAAAAAUUUUUUUUUAAAUGAAUUUGUAUUCCCCCGGUGUUUUAUUGGCAUACCACUCUCCCUUUAAAAGGAAACAUUUUACAUUAUAGACCUACUUUUUCUCUAUACAUUGGAGUGUAAUAUAGCAAAAGUAUGUGUGUGUGUAUAUUAUAUACCAGUCAUGGACAUCAGUCAAUGACAAAAAUUGGAUACAAAGACUAAACAAUUAUAUACGCACACACACACACUAUUGUAACCCAUAUUAUGCAAACUGCAGUAUUCUAUUAUAAUGCAACCUUAAUGUUUGUUGUGCUCAUACACAUUAUCUUGUACCACCUUUCUUAUCAAUAAAAUGGAAAAAUAAAAUAAAAGUUAAGCUAAACAAGUUAUGGUUUAUAAUCUUUAUUGUAGUAUGGAUGUUUGAAUUAAACUUAUAUUUUUCAUUUUUACAUCAAAAUCUGUUAUUAAAGGAUAUUCAAAAGUAAAAAAAUAAAAAGGUAAAAAUUAAAUGAAAUCAGCAUACCCUGUAAAACUCCACUGUUUGGCACAAUCCAAAGGGAUCAGGAAAUUAAAAUACUUGCAGAGUAUACCAGCAACAUCCUCUCCCUUUACAGACUUCUCACUUUUCUCAAAGGGCAUGUCUUUAACUCCCACAUUUACAUCAGAUAUUCCCACAGCUGACUUGGUGAUUUCAAAACGCAUUUGGGUUAACGUCACCAGAGUGCCACCCUCUGAGUUUAGCUCCCAUGUUUGAUCAAGGAGAAUUUUCAACGCUAAAUUCCCAAUUGAUUUAAAGCAAGUGUUUCAAAGAAAUUUCUGGACUGUGUUUAAAGACCACUGCAAAUGCCUAUCAAAUUAAUAAAUGUUCCUCUAGUCUAAUAUGUUGGAUAUUUAUAUACCCAAUUUGAAGUAAUAAAUUAGUUUAAUGGACUGUACGUUUAUUGCAGUCUUUAUUUUUUUUAUUGGUGUAGAUUUAAGAGAAGAGGGAGUGUCAUCAAAAUAAUGUGAUGUGUAGUCUGCCAUGUUCUUUAGUUUUUGUAUCCAAUUUUUGUCAUAGACUGUGAUGUCUAUGACUGGCUCAGAGAUGAGUAAUUUCAUGGUUGAAGAAGGCAUCACUAGCAGAGAAAACAGAUUCUGUAGAGUUGCUGUAGGGAGCACAUUUUGAGGUAGUUUUGUUGAAUGCUUUAAACUAAGCAAGAAAUUCAUCCUUUAUUGUCCAUUUAGACUCCUGGUGGAAAAGGGCUUGAAAGGGGAACACAAACUGGCAUUGCGGCAUACCUAAAGCGGCUAUUAGAUCAGUUUUAUUUUCUUGAUCAAUUGCCCCUCUGAAAGACCAGCUUCCUGAUUUUAUGUAAACCGUAUCCUUUGCUUGCAAUUAAUAAAGAGGGCUCAACCCUUCUCUUAACUGUACUUGUCUGUCAUGGUCUACAUCUAACCAUUCUGUCACUCUGUGGCUCUGUAUGUAGGUCAAAAGGACAUUGGGGUAUAAUGUGUACUUGGCGUUGUGCAUUUGCUUCUGACCGCCAGAGUGCUACCAUGCUGAAUGGCUUCAGGCAUUCCUGUGUGGACAAACUGCUGUUGGUAUGACCAGUGCCACUGAUUUGAUACAGGCUCCUUUGUUAGGAUGUGCCAAGCAUUGCUGGGGAGUCCUCCUGAGGCACUGCACCCAGAGCCUCCUAGUGGUUAUGACACUUGUACUGUCUCUUUAAUUUAUAGUUUAACACUAACCUCCUAGAAUUCUCAAAGUUAAUUGCAUUGAUAGAAAAGUCACAUUUCUGCCAGCAUUAACAAACCGCUUAAUAAAUUUGAUGAAUAUUCACAUCAAUCGCACAUUGUUGUGGGGUGUUUUUUUUUUUAUUUUUGUGUGUGUGUGUUCAGGCCUAAAGUAGCAAUGAUAAUGCAUCUCUCUCUUUUUCCUCAGCUUUCUAUUUUUGAGGUUGUUUAAUGGGUACUAUUUCUAACUUUAGUUUGUAUGGGAAUAUUACCGGUAAUAUUUGUUUUUUGUUUAAUUUGACGUGAAUAGUGUAUGGACUAUGGAUAGAUGUCUGUCUAAAACACCUAUAACUUGUUUUCAAAAAGAGUAGAUUGGAAGCAAUGUUUAAUAAUAUAUAAAAUGUAUAAUAUUGAUUGCAGAAAUAAUUAAACAGUUCACCCUUGCAAUGUUUUGUGUGUUUUUUUUUUUUUUUUCUCUUUUACAUUUUAUUGAUCCAUGCAGCUUAGACAGCUGACUGGAACGCUAUUUAAAUCUGAAAAUGUAUUCAAUUUGUUAAUAAUUCUGCCUAUGUGCCUUUGAAUAAUUUGCAUGCAUGCCUUUUCUCCUUUCUUUGUUCGAGUUUCAGUGUUCUCUUACAGUAAAGGAGUGUCCGAGAGCGGAAGGAAGGGAAAGGCUUUCAUAGGGCCCGGGAAUGUGAAACACAUGUUCUGCUCUCUCCAGGGGUGGAGAGCAUGCAAAUGUAUUAGAAGAAAAUCUUUUAACCAUUUAAACACUACACAGGAUACAUGACUGAAAUUCUUUUCUCUUGAUCUAAACACUGAAACUUAGGAAGUUACGGAAUGUUUUUAAUCCUUUUUCGAAAGUGGACUUUUAUAUGUUACUGACUUCUCGCGUUUUUAUUUAUCCAGAAUUUGUAUUAAAUAGCUUUGAAUGUUACCUGUUUGAGCUGUGUGUAUGCCACAUUGCAUAUGCUUUAUUCUGAGUCCUCGUCAAACUAUCUUGUCACACCACUUUAUUUUUUAUUUUUUAUUUUUUUAAAUACACUUAACCUUUAACACCUGUUAGUAAUGCUGGUGGCAUUUUUGACAGCUGUUUCUUUAAAUAUGCUACGGACAGGUGGUUUAUUGGGAGGGGGUAUUGAAGUAAUCAGAAGUGAUAUGGUCACAGUAUGUAUCAAUUAAACUGUUAAUAGCUCCCGGUUGAUUCCUCUCUUGCAACUGUCAUUAGUCUAAUACUAUCCUUACCUUUUGUGUCCUUUUACCCCAUUCCCUCUAGCAUGUAAGCUCAUUGAGCAGGGCCCUAAACCCCUCUGUUCCUGUUCGUCCAACUUGUCUGGUUACAACUACAUGUCUGUUCGUCCACUCACUGUAAAGCACUGCGGAAUUUGUUGGCACUAUAUAAAUAACAUAUGUCGUGAUAAAGAGUUAAAGGGACACUGUAGUCACUAUAAGCAUUUCAUCUCUUUGAAUUGGUUAUAGUGCCUGGAGUGCCCUGGCACUGUCCCUCCAUUCAGUGUUGCACCAUGUUCGUGCAGUAUGCCACAAAAUAGGAGUCCCUGGCCACCCACAGUCCGGCCCCUUCAGUAUGUGUAGCUAAGGCAGAGAUUACACACUUCCUUGUUGUCAUACUCAUUCAUACCGUCAGUUGGAACUUUGACAGGCUAAAAGCAGUCAGCUGACACUCUCAGCCAAUCACAGCUGCCUAUUGCUGCUCAGGCUAAUACUUCCAUAUUAGCCAAAGCAGCACAGAGGGGAUGGAUUGCCGGGGACUCUUGUUUAGCAUUAGAACAGUUUAAAAACUGUUUAAUGCUGAAAGAAAUGAUUGUACCAGAGUACUCCAGACACUAUAACCAGUUUAAUGAGAUGAAGCAGAUACAGUGCCUACGGUGUCCCUUUAAGUAUUGAAACAAUAUAAGAAUAUAUAGAAGGAGAACGAUAUACAGAUGGUCAGACCCAGCGAUAUGAGGGUUGGAUGAUAAACUGCAUCAAAGGUGGCAUAGGUAUCAGGAAGGAUGUGGACUGAAGAGGGUUUGGAAAUUAUAUCUUAUGGAAUCACUCUAAGUAUAAUUGUUACAGUUCGUUGUAGUGGUUAUGGUGCAGUGAGUCACCCGGCUCCAUCCCUUCAUAAGAAGUCAAACCAUUUGCAGACUGUUUGAGAGAGAAUGUAGUGAAGGGGAGAGAUAAAUAGCUGAUAACAGUAGUUCAGAAAAGUAUUUAUUAGUUAAAUUGUACAAAGCAUUUUACAUUCUCUGUAAAGUGUCUUAAAUCCAUUUCUUCAAGCCAGGUGAAUGAAUGAGUCAACUUAUUUAAAAUAACCAGAUUACAGUAGUCUUUUUGUUCAUUAACCUGCAACAAGUUUUUUUUUGUUUUUUAACCUUACAAAUCACUCUAAGGCAUCACAUUUAUGGAAAUGGUUCAGUUGUUAACUUGCCCUGCAGAUGUUUGAAAUUACGUUAGUCUGUAGGAAGAUGCAUUGCAAAGGAAUUUUAAGGUCCCACACUCCAACAAAGUAAACAGCCCACAAUUGGCACUGACCAGCAGCUGAUGCAUACACCGAUGAGUACUGACAUGAUGGAAAGACCUGUCCCCCUGUAAGUAUUAAUGCUUGCAGUGAAACAGAAACACUUCCCAGCACAAGUUUCUAAGGAGUCCUGAAUAUGUUGUCAGCGUUUACAAUGCAAGCAUGCUUCAGAUUCUUUGCAAACCGCAACAGUUUCUCGGAAGACACAGUGAAGGGGUCCUUAAUCUUAGACAUACAAAGCAAAGCCAUAUUCAUGUCCUAGAUAUGCUAGCCAUUCCUGCCUAGUACAGACUUUGGAUUUUAUUUUAAAGGAGGAUUUGAAGAGUUGGUAAAUAUAUUGUGUAAACUAGAGUCUCUUAAUAUCAUGUUUUUCUGAGAGAAACUCAUAUUGCAAACUGGCUGAAUGGUAACAUGUUAACCAUCCAUUAACAGUAUUUCUGUCUUUAUUUUGCUUUAUUUCAUAUAGCGAGUAUGUGACUGCUAAAAAUCUAACUCUUUUGUGUUAUGGCAGAUGUCAAUGUAAGCAGUAAAUGAUUUUCAACAUUAAUAAACCAAUAUCUCUUGUAAUACCUGCAGUAUUACAGGAGGAAUACCUUUUGCUUCUGUGGACUCAUUUACAUGAAAACUCCCAUUUUAAAAAAAAAUAUUUCAACAGUACCUUAAUUGUUUCUUUCUAAAAUGAGAUUGUAUGAUUCACUGUGCCCAUAUACAUGCAUUUUCCUUCUCAAUAAAUGCAGUCCCAGGGCCUUUUACAGAUGCCUAUUAAACUAUGAGAUAGCUGAGAUCUCUUGAGGUAUUAGUGGUAACAUAGACAUGCCCUUUUAUCCGACGCUUGCCCAAGGUAUAAAUAGUAAGUAGAUUUUGCUGAACAGGGAUCCACUGAGGUAUAAUCAGUGAAAUUCGAUGUUUAACAAAUUGCACCACUGAAAAAUAAGCUAUACAGGGAAUGUUAGUAGUUAGUUGACGUGUGUGUGUGUGUGUGUCCAGCUAUAAGACACCACUGAGGUGCCAGUUAGGUGAGCGAGUUUCAGUCCAAGUUACCUUGUGAAGGAACAUUGGCUAUAGGUACAAAAGAAUGUGGGUCCAUGUCUAUCCAUAUUUCUGAAUAUAUGAAGACUCAAAACAUGAAGCAUUGGAUACAGUUGAUUUAAAUUGGACCAUUUGUACUCUUAUUCCAAUCUGCGAAGGUACCUACUAAUCAUUAUACAAUAAUAGCCCAACUGUAAGUGUUUGGACUGAUGUGGCUGCUUAAAGGACCACUAUAGGCACCCAGACCACUUCAGCUUAAUGAAGUGGUCUGGGUGCCAGGUCCAGCUAGGGUUAACCCUUUUUUCUAUAAACAUAGCAGUUUCAGAGAAACUGCUAUGUUUAUAAUAGGGUUAAUCCGGCCUCUAGUGGCUGUCUCAUUGACAGCCGCUAGAGGCACUUCCACGCUUCUCACUGUGAUUUUUAACAGUGAGAAGACGCCAGUGUCCAUAGGAAAACAUUGUUAAUGUUUUCCUAUGGACUGGCUGAAUGCGCAUGCGCAGCACGAGGAGGAGAGUCCCCCGCCCGGCACUGGAGAAAGAGGUAAAUUUAACCCCUUCCAUCCCCUAGAGCCCGGUGGGAGGGGGGCCCUGAGGGUAGGGGCACCCUCAGGGUUCUAUAGUGCCAGGAAAACGAGUAUGUUUUCCUGGCACUAUAGUGGUCCUUUAAUGGAAUGAAAAUAUUUUACAGGGCAUUAAGUUCUACAUUUUUACACGACAUAACAUACUGUAAGAUACUUUAGAAGAAUCACAAAUAUUCUAAAGCUUCCGCAUAUAGAUUCAAGUUGACUCCAUGAUAGAACGCUCCAUGCGUCUCCAAUACCAUCUCGCUGUCAAACUAUUACACAUUUGUUGGGUGUUGUGCUUGAUAAGUCUGUUUUUAAAAUGCUUUGAUUUUCAGAGGACUUGUCUUAAAGCAAUAAUUCAGUAAUUCUUCCAACAGUGUUGUACAGUGCAGUCAGCAAAUAUAAUGUUUAUUAUUGCAGAGAAAUGCUAGAAUAUGAACAAAAUUCUUUACCAAGUCAUAUGGGAGCUUUUUAAUGAAUACCCUGAAUAAUUUUAAUCAAGAUUUGACAUUUUGUUUUAGAUUUUAAAAUGACAAAAGCUCCCUCCUUUCUGCAUCAAAUAACGCCCACUUGAAUAUGUGGGUAGAGAAUAUAGCCUAAGCUCUUUAGAUGUAUUUAAAUUCCAUUCAUAAGCUGUCAGUAUUCACAUGGUUGUAUUAUAGUUCUCUGACUACAUGCAUAAUGUAGUGUGACUUCAUGCUAGAAAUGUUAGUGGAAACAAUAGGUAUAUAUAUUAUUCUAUAACCAAUUGGCCAGUAGAUAAUUUAUUUAUAAAAUGCUCAGUUUUAUAGAAUAUAUUUUUGAUGGUACUGCUUUCUGUAAAUAAUCUCUGGUAAGACUUCCUGAAUUCCUAACUAAAGAAGGGAGAACCUUUAGCCAGGGUAACAGUGACGUCUGUAACGUGUGAGUUGUAUUUAUAGAACGACUGACAUUACAUUCUAUAGUGUAGGGGUGUCCAUUUAUUUUUUUAAAGCUACAGUAGAUUAGAGUUAAUAGAUACAAGCUAGUUUAGUCCCCUGUUUCGGUUGCUCAGAUACAGAGUCUGAUUAGAGUUCUGCGAAUCUCACAAAAACUCUGUACAUGGCAGGCUUGAUUUUCUCCUAUGUUCUUUAAAUAUAGUAGUGUUCUGUCAUGGUUUAGGAGAGUGACCACUAAGCUUGAACUACAAUUAAUUUGAUACAAAGCCAUCCUUGCUGAGCAAUAAUAUAGGAGAUGUUGUUCAGAAACCUCCUGUAGUGUAAAGUUGAGAUGAAGUGGCCUGGGUGACUUUAGUGGUCCUUUUUAAAAAUUUUAAAGGACCACUCUAGGCACCCAGACCACUUCAGCUUAAUGAAGUGGUCUGGGUGCCACGUCCUUCUAGGCUUAACCCAUUUUUUCAUAAUUAUAGCAGUUUCAGAGAAACUGCUAUAAUUAUGAAUGGGUUAAGCCUUCCCCCUAAUCCUCUAGUGGCUGUCUCAUUGACGGCCACUAGAGGCGCUUGCGUGCUUCUCACUGUGAAAAUCACAGUGAGAGCACGCCAGCGUCCAUAGGAAAGCAUUGUAAAUGCUUUCCUAUGAGACCGGCUGAAUGCGCGCGCAGCUCUUGCCGCGCGUGCGCAUUCAGCCCAGGAGGAGGAAUGGAGGAGGAGAGAAGGAGGAGAGCUCUCCGCCCAGCGCUGGAAAAAGGUAAGUUUUUACCCCUUUCCCCUUCCAGAGCCGGGCGGGAGGGGGUCCCUGAGGGUGGGGGCACCCUCAGGGCACUAUAGUGCCAGGAAAACGAGUAUGUUUUCCUGGCACUAUAGUGGUCCUUUAAGCUUCAAAUGGUUUUCUGUUUUGCAUACCUGUUUCAUUUCUAAUGAUGCUAUUUUUUUGACUAUUCUGUUCUGACUUGGAAUUCGGAGUAUUGGUUGAAAUCAGUUGAUUCUUGUUAGGAAAAGGUUGAGAAGCUUCAGCUGAGACCAUUAAUUGUAGAAUAGGUUUUUAUUUACUGAUUAUUGAAAUAACAAAACAUGUACCAGCCAUCAUCUACUAUGGGAAAGUACAGGGUUUGUUUGGUUUUGUUUUUGGAGGGGGGGGAGGGGGGGGUGGUUGCUUUUUUAAAUUGGCAUAGGUAUUUUUUUUAAUAGGUAUAGUUUUGUCUUGAAUAUGAAUAAAAUUGGCAUAGACGGUCCUGGUCUCUGUAUUUAUUAAGAUUCCUUUGUUAUGGAACCCUGGUUUUUAUUCAGUAAAGGUAGAAUAUGGUUUGAGUGACCAAAAGAAGGUUUGGGAAGUAAUUGCUGCUCAUUUCCACAAGUUUUUUCCUGAGGUUUUAGUUGUAGUUGACUUGAUUGACUAAUAUUCAGGUUUCUGUAUAAUUGAGACUUGCAUGUGUUCUCACAUACUGACCAAAGAUUUAAGCACCUGUCGUGGCGCUGUGUGGAUUGUUUUUUUUGUUUUGCUUAUUAAUCUCUCUCCUCAUUUAAUGUUUUUAUUUUUUAUUUUUUAUGGGAUUGUUGCCAGGGCUGCAUAAACAAAGUGAUUUAACUCCUAAAUGACAGAAUGAGCAGUGAGACUGCAGUGGCUUCUAAAAACUGCUCCAUUAAGUUAGUUUUUCUGGUGUCUGUAGUAUCCCUUUAACUUACAGGGACACUCCAGUGACCAAAUACAAAAUAAAUAAAAAUCAAUGCUUAGUAUAUAUACCCCCAAAGUAAAACUUUCAUGUAUUUAAUUAUGAUAUUUUUUUUUUUCGGGAGGGGGGUUAUAUAUACAGCUGGAAAAAAAUAUGCAGUUCUCUUGUCUGCUACCUUUGCAAUCCCUUUCUUUCUAACCCAGCCCAAACCUUCUUUGACUGUCCAAUCACAGGCUUCCCUAUGCAGCUCAAUUGGAAGUCUUUGCAAGGCAGGCGCUCUGAGCAAUUGUUGCCUUUCGAGUUUAGUUCCACUGAGCUAAACAAACCAGGAAAUAACAUGACCUGCUGUCUGCUUGAAAGCCAGGGGGUGUAACCAGGUGAAUGUUUAAAACCGUAAAUUUCCUGAAAUCUGCAGUUUUUGUAAAAUAGAAAAAAGGACACGCUCUUCACACACACACAGCUUUUCAGCAAGCGAAAGUGCAUUUGGGGUCUGGAGUGUCCAUUUAAAAACUUUUCUUCCCGCAUGCAUAAAUAAACCAGGCUCACCCAGGCACACAAUAUAAAUGAAGGGAUCAGAAAUAUUGUUUUGCUUUCUACUUUUCUGCCAUUUUCAGUAGCAGUGAAUGACAAUAUUUAUAACCAUGAUUGAGGCACCCAGUUCCAGAAUAGAUGUGUGUGGAUGUAUUCCUUUGUUUUGUUUCAGGUCUCAUAAAAGCAUAGUUGCUAAACAUAGAGCAUUAAAACAAAAUAUUAAAAAUUAUAGGGCAGUACCCCUUUCUACAAAUAAUGGUACCUCUUGCACUCUGUUAAAGUGUGGCUACAUCAAGAGUAAAUAUAUCUAUUAGUGUGAGGAAUGCAGAAGUAGAUGUAUGGAAUAUACAACCAGUAGAGAGCUAAAGAGUAAGAGCUUGGAAAGGAUCAGCAAAACCACAAAUAACAUCUGUGUUUUAAUGAGGAAAUGGGCAGACUAGAAGACUAGGCAUGUCAAUUUGCAUUGAUCUGUAGUAACUCUGAUUUGUCAGAGAUCUUUCAGGAGAUCAGGAACUUUGAGCCCCUACACACUAUCCCUGCUCUUUCCCAGGCUAACCUUCAAACAUUGGCAUACCACGCUUCUUAAAGAACUGUUUUCAAGUAACCUAAAACAAAAGUAAAGACUGAGUAAGGUUAAAAAAAUGAAGUGAUUAUAGUGGGUUUUUUUUUUUUGUUUAAACUGUGACUUCUACAAUAAUAUAUUUAAAAAUAAAGGCCCAUAACAGCUGAAAGGGGCACUAUAUGCAUUUGUUAAUGCUUCAUCUCCUUUAAGUGGUUCUAGUGUCUAGUGUACCCUGGUGAUGCCCUUACAUUCAGCAUUAAACAGUUUUUAUUGCUAAGCGAGAGUCCCCAGUUACUUGUGCUGCUUGGACUAAUGAGAAAGCAGAAACCAAGGAACCUUUUUAUUUAGUUAUAAAUUGUUCAAAAAUAAUUUAACACUGAACAGAGAGACAGUGCCAAGGGGAAUACAGACACUAUAACAAACUCAAUGAGAUGAAAUGGUAAUAAUGCUGUGUCCCUUUAAGAAGUUUGAAGUAUAACGAAUUACAGUUUGAAAAUGUUGCUGGAACAGUAUGCUUUAUUAAGAUUAUGACCAGACAGAUUUAGAAAAACUAGUAUGUGUGACAUUGGAUCUAUAGUGAAGGCAAUAUUUUGAACUUUCUGUUUUCAAUUUGAGCGUUUCAACAAGAGUAUAUACAAUGGAUAGGCAACCUUCGGCACUUCAGAUGUUGUUUACUACAUCCCCCCCAUAAUGCUCUUACACCAAUAAUGCUAUCAAAGCAUCAUAAUAAGCCUCUUCUCCUAGGAUGUCACCGGGCGGCCGGUUCUGCGGGCGCGCGAGGGAGCACUCUCCCCUGAGCGCUCUCUGCCCAGCUCCCUCGCACGCACCGCACUGAUGCCGGCAUCAGUAAGCGGCGCGUGAGGGAGCUGAACAGGAGGAUCUCAGUGCUCCCUCGCGCGCCCGCAGGACCGGCCGCCCAGCAACACCACUGGACCCCAGGGAAUCCCCACAGCACUCCCAAAGGUAGGGAGGUUGGGGGAUCGCAUUUUUAAAAACGUGUGUGUGUGUGUUAGUGUGUGUGUGUUAGUGUUAGUUUGUGUGUCAUUGAGUGUGUUAGUUUGUGUGUGUCUGCUAGUGUGUGCCAGUGAUUGUGUUACUGUGUGUCUGUUACUGAGUGUGUUAGUUUGUGUGUCUGUUAGUGAGUCUGUGUCUGUUAGUGAGUGUAUGUAUGUCGCUGAGUGUGUCUGUCAGUAAAUGUGUGUGUCUGUUAGCGAGUGUGUAUGUGUGUGUUUAAAACCCCUAUAGCACUUACCUUACUCCAGUGCUGGACUCCCUUGGCGCUGGGGAUCCCUCUGCCCCGAUCCGCCUCUCAGCCCUGCAUGCGCGGCAAGAGCCGCACGUGCAUUCAAACCGCCCAUUGGAAAGCAUUACUCAAUGCUUUCCUAUGGACGCCCAGAGAUUUCCGGAAGUGCCUCUAGCGGCUGUCAGUGAGACAGCCACUAAAGGCUAGAUUAACACUCAGUGAAACAUAGCAGUUUCUCUGAAACUGCUAUUUUUUCAGCUGCAGGGUUAAAACUAGAGGGACAUGGCACCCAGAGCACUUCAUUGAGCUGAUGUGAUCUGGGUGUCUGUAGUGGUCCUUUAAGUGUGUCUGUGUGUAUCUGCAUGCACUGGCAUAAAUACCGCGGUCCCAGCCCUGCGACCAGGUGCCCGCCGCCAUGGGGGGGGUGGGGGCGGGGAGGCGAGGGUUGCCUACGUAUCAAUUCUCGCACCGGGGCCCCAUGGGUCGUGUGUACGCCACUGAAUGAGACAUUAGCAUUUUUAGCUUUGGGCAUAUUUAGGGACAUGCUAAGAACCUAAACUACUGCAUGUUAAUGCAGUGGUUUUGGUGCAGAUAUCCAGUACCUAUUCUUAAAUCUCGAACAGCUCCCCAUGCUGAGAAAAAAGAGUGAAAAUAAUAUGUACUUUUUCUCAGUGGGAAACUUCACAACGUAUAAGUGACGCCCGGUCCAAGACCUCUUGAAGCCUUGGACAUUGAGAGCAAGCUCCCAGGCAGAGUGAAUGUUCUGAUUAAUUUAUGGAGCUUGUGACCCUUUAAGCUAAGUUUAAUUGUGUUUUAAUUGCUUUAUUCAUUUUUUUUUUUUUAAAGUGGGCUCUAAAGUUAAUAAUAAAAGGACGUGGGUACUUCCCCCUUUCAAUUUAGCUAAUCAAAAGAAUAAAAUACCCAAGAGUUUACUUAGUAUAGAUAAUGGAUAACCAUUGGAUUAUCCAGACAGGCGCUUAAAAUAUUAAUAUACAAACUUUAUUAAUUAGGCUUAUUUGUAGCACUUUUGAUAACCCUUUGUAGGUAAUUAGUGCACUGGAAAAUAAACCAGUGUACCAGGGUAGACAAGGGGUUAAACCAUAGUAUUAGUGUUAAAAAAAAACAGUUUAUUUUCCAGUGCACUAAUUACCUACAAAGGGUUAUCAAAUGUGCUGCAAAUAAGCCUAAAAUUUGUAUAUUAAUAUUUUAAGCGCCUGUCUGCAUAAUCCAAUGGUAACCCAUUAUCUAUACUAGGUAGGAAUUGCUUUACACGGCUAGUAUAUUUCACUUGCACUGGGUAUAUAUGUGGUUUGUGUAUUGGUGCAUGCAGAGUGGACUGUGAUCCCAUUUACCUCAGGAUACUGAUUAAAUUUUUCCAGUUUUUACCUUGUGUACCUUAUUGUGGAUUAGGUGAAUCUUCCCCCUUCCAAUUUAGUAGCUUUUAAAGGUCAUUUUGACUUAAGUUUGUCCGGUUUAUAAAAAACAAUAUAGGAUGCUUAUAUUUUUGGAAGAGAUCAUUUCAAACUAACACUAUUUUGCAAGAGAAGUUUUCUGACCAUUUUGUUCCUGCAUUAAAGCCAUUUGCUUUUGGUAAUUCUGAUUAACUUUCUGUUAGUCCUCCUGCAAGGAAAAAAAAAAUCAAAACAACUUCAUCUUGGGACAUCUGGCUGCUAGGACUGCAAUGCUUACAUAACCUUCAAGCAGGAUUGAUAGUUUAUAUGAAAAGGCUGUUUUUGGAGAAACAGGAUAUCUAGUUGCAGUUUGCAAAGGAUUAGAAGCUAAACAGCAAGAACCCUUUCCCUCUGUUAUCUUAAAAUGUCUGUUUUGUUCUUGCUAGGGCAUUAACUAUUUAGGACAUAUCUGAAGAAGCUCUAGAUAAAUGUUGGACACGCGCUCUUAAUUGGUGCUAUUAAUGCGAGCUUGUGAGUAAGAAACAGUAGCAUUUACAAAGCUCUCCCAAGUUUUUUAUUUUCCUUCUUUAUCUUUUGAGAUUUUUAUAGCUUGCAGUAACAUUACAAUGAUGCAUCUAUAAAAUUUAACUUUUAAGGGACACUAUAGACACCUAGACCACUUCAUCUAAUUGAAGUGGUCUGGGUGCUGUGUCCUUGCCUCUUUAACCCUGCAAUGGAAAUCAGUGCAAUUUUAGAGAAACUGCAAUGCUUGCAUUGCAAGUUAAGACUUCCUCUUAACGCUUUGCAUGAGGGCAUCCAGCAUCUUGAAAAACCGAGUAGGAAAGCAUUGAUUCUAUGAUUUUAUAUGGUGGAGAUUUAAUGUGCACACAGUUCUUGCUGUGCAUGCGCACUAGGUUUCCUUAUCACUGUGACAUCUGCAGAAGAGGAGCCCAAUCUAGUGCCGAGGGAUAUCGGCGCUGGAUUCAGAUAAGUAAAAAAACAAUUAUUUUUUUUUUUUAAACUCUUUAUUUUCCAGUGGGGCAGGGGGCAGAAGGACACGCUGGUGUUAGGAAUACAGUUUUGUAUUCCUAACACUAUAUAGUAUUCUUUUAAAGACAUACUCAACAUGAAUGAAUGCACCAAACAUGCAGAAUUUAUGCUAACGUGUGUCCCUUUGGCUGAGUUAAGUUUCUUCCAACUCCUCUUUUUCAGGUUAAACUGUGCAAGUCUCUUUACUCUGCCUGCCUGGUAUAUACACACACCAUAGAUUAACCCCUUAAGGACACAUGACGUGUGACAUGUCAUGAUUCCCUUUUAUUCCAGAAGUUUGGUCCUUAAGGGGUUAAACUAAGUGACAAUCUGUUUAACAUUAUGUGAACAAGAUUUAUUUUUAUUUUGAUGCAACUACUUUUCCAUGUUUUCUCACUUUAGCUUAACCCAGAUUUGUUGGCUGAUCCUUGUCAAUUAGGAAAAAGCGCUUAUGGAGCAAAUAAUGGUCACCCACAUGUUUCUAAUUUGUGAAAAACAAUUAUGGUCCCUAAAUCAGGUGAUGUUAAAAAAAAAUAUAGCCCCAGGCUCUGUAAAAGUGUGGGGGAAGCACAUUUCAUUUGCAUUUACCAGUUAGCAAUCUGAAGUUGUAGUGAGCAGUAAUUUUUCCCACAAACCGUAUGAGUACUGUAAAUUAACCUGCUACAAGCAGUUAAAAUGCUUGUGGUCGGUCUCCAGAGCAGUCCUUGAGCCAUAUUUGGUCCAAUAUUGAACUGAUGCCUAUAUUAUCCCAUUGGAACCAUAGUCUGCCAGAGGAAGAAAUAUACUAAGGAUCUGUAAAAUGCUAGAUAUGAUUUAUCAUUAAACAUGGUGGAUUCAUGCUUAGAUUAAACAUUUAACGAGCUGAGGUUUAUCUCUACAUAGCACUUGUAGGUGCCUGGGAGCCUGAUGCUCUUUUAGUAUAUUCUGACAACUAUACUAAUGAAUUGCCUGCAUUUUUGUACCCUAUAACCAACAGAGAGCAGAUGAGUUUGGAUAAGCUUUGGUGAAGAGCUUUGCAUUUUCUAUUGUAUAAGGUGCACUGCCGAAUGGAUUGGUGUGUUGGGUAAUUGCUUAGAACAUGAGGAAUAGGACAGUGCUUGAUUUUCACCAAGGAAUUGUAUGUCACACAUGUUAGGGCCAGCUUUGGUUUUGGGGUAUAAAUUCCCAUUAUGUAUACUUGAGUGUUUUUUUUUCAUCUUUAAACUUUUGCUUUUACCAGUUUUGGAAGGAUAAGGCGAGAUAACAGAUACACAAUAAGUGGAAAUGUACUUUACAAUAUGAAUUACUAUGACAGGAAACACAAUUUCACUUAUUUCCUUGAUUAAUGCUACCUGUAGUGUUGCCAAGUAGAAACAGACUUGAUAAUUUCCAAGCAUGCCCCUUGUUUCAGGAAAGUAACUGUGAUUAUGUUAGACUAUCUUUAAAGGAACACCAUAGUCACCUAAAUUACUUUAGCUAAAUAAAGCAGUUUUAGUGUAUAGAUCAUUCCCCUGCAAUUUCACUACUCAAUUCACUGUCAUUUAGGAGUUAAAUCACUUUGUUUCUGUUUAUGCAGCCCUAGCCAUACCUCCCCUGGCUAUGAUUGACAGAGCCUGCAUGAAAAAAAAAAACUGGUUUCACAUUCAAACAGAUGUAAUUUACCUUAAAUAAUUGUAUCUCAAUCUCUAAAUUGAACUUUAAUCACAUACAGGAGGCUCUUGCAGGGUCUAGCAAGCUAUUAACAUAGCAGGGGAUAAGAAAAUCUUAAUUAAACAGAACUUGCAAUAAAGAAAGCCUAAAUAGGGCUCUCUUUACAGGAAGUGUUUAUGGAAGGCUGUGCAAGUCACAUGCAGGGAGGUGUGACUAGGGUUCAUAAACAAAGGGAUUUAACUCCUAAAUGGCAGAGGAUUGAGCAGUGAGGCUGCAGGGGUAUGUUCUAUACACCAAAACUGCUUCAUUAAGCUAAAGUUGUUCAGGGGACUAUAGUGUCCCUUUAAACACUGUCUAUUUUAUUAUCACUAAUCUAAAUUGAACAUAUAUAAUUUUUAGUCAACCCAACUCUGUGGCAUAAUUCCAUGCUUAGACACGUCAUGGCAGAAAUACACACUUUUACAUUUCUAUCCCUAUCAUAGCCACCAAUAAGAUUGGGUCAAAAACUGUUAUUCAGUGUGUUGCUUAGCUAUUGAUUUUACACAUGGCUAUUAUAGAACUAAAUAUUUUAUAGUUCAACUAAACCUUUUUGUUUGCGUGUAUUGACGUUUGUGAAGAAGAGUAAACCCUCAUUGUCACUUUUUCCUGAUUACAGUUGCUCUGCACACACUGUAGGACUUCUUCAAACCUUGGUGUCACAGGUUUUGUUCCCAUCAGAUUUUGUUUGACCUUUUAAUCCUUUUAAGGGUGAUAAAUGUAGUGCCAUUGGAUUGGGUAAUAACAGUUCUACCCUAGGGCUGGAGAGCUUUAAUCAAUCCUUCCAGGUGAAACACUUUAAAUAGGUACAUGAAGGCAUUUAAGUCUUAAUCUCUUGUCCUCAAGUGUGCAGCAGUGUAAACAGCCAUCACUAAUUAGUCUCGCUAACCAUCCGAAGAAGGCCGGAUGGGUAAUACUACAUCUGGUACAUCAGCUAUAGUUUUGUUUAUUAGUACAUUUGGUAACACUCUUUGACAAAAAAAUGAAGUUUUUUUUCUGCAACUGAAAUAUCCACAUCUUUUUGAAAUGAUUAUGUGCAAAAAAAAAAAGUUCACUUAUAAUUAUAAAAUCAAUUACUUGUAUGUUUUUUCCAUCUAUAUUUUUCUUUAUAUGCCUUUGAACACGCUGUGCAAAACCACCUCUACUAACAGGAGCAAUUCAUACUUUCACCAAACACAAAUAUUUGGACUGCCUAAUGAAUAAAAAAGUUUAAUAUGUAAAGAAAACUGCAUACUUUUUACCAGGUGUCUUGUACCAUUGCUACAACAAGAACCUGCAGUGGAUAUGGUGCUUGAAAUUUUCCUUCAUUUAAGGUUAUUGCUUUUAUUAUUGCUUGCAUUCUCAAGCUCUUAUUUAUAUAUUUUUAAAAUUUAAAUAAAGGGACACUGUAGGCACUUUACAACUUCAUCUUAUCGAAGUUGUUAUAGUGCCUGCACUCCUGCCCCCAUUCUAACCUCUAAAACCCAUUGUUAAAUUAAUUAGAAGACUUGGAAGCACGGCUUCAAGCCAUGUCUCCAAGCCCUCUGAGUAUGAGAGCUGGGAAUCUUACUAACCGACUCACAUAACGUUACUUCUCACAUACACGUGCACAGUGCCGUCAGCGACCAUAGAGAAUCAUUAAAUACAGCGAUACACUAUAGAAAAAUCGUAGGCAUAUUGCGGUGAGCACCAUGCAUGCGUCUACGUUCCCCACUGGAUUGGCCCAUCAUACUUAAGGUACGCCUUCAGAAUUACGCAAUCUGAGGAGGAGGUCACAGUAGUGCUGAUGUAGACUCAGCGCUGGAGAAAAGGUGAGUACGUUUUGGGUUUUCUUUUUAAUUUUACACAGUGGGGGGGAACCCAGUUGAUAUGAGGCAUCAGAGCUGUAGUGUUUGGAAAACAGAUGUGUAUUCUUAACGAUACAGUAUUCCUUUAACCGUGAAAAGUCAAACACCACACCUGUCUAGUGGUCUCUAAAUACCUAGGAAAAAUACAAAAUCUAUUGGGAUAGAUCUUCCAGAGACCUUUUUAUUUGGAUUCCUGAUCUUUCUUACUGGUUAGGCCCAUAGAAGGGUUCCCCGACAGUAAGAGACUAAAUAAUAUUCACCCACCUCCCCCCAAUUUAUUUUUUGACACUUUUUUCUAUUUUAUGUUAUUUGAAGCACACUCACAAUGACUAAAUGUAACUUGGGUUAUGACUGAUUCCAUGCUCCACUGUUUAUUGUGGUUUUGUUUUAAUUGUAUAAAAUCUUGUGAUUUGACUUAUAAUUAAUCCUAUUAAUUUUUGCUCUGUGCAAUGUGUAUUAGUCUCAAAAUAAAGAAUAAUAAUUUUAAAAAAAGCCUCAUCUAUUCCUUUCCUUCAAAUUCUUGUUCCUCAUUUUUGGUAUGGAUUUGUUGCUGUUUGGGAUAAGUAUCAAAUCCUUCCAUUCAUGUGUCCACCAAUAGAAAAGCAAUGGGAUGUGUAAAUCUGCAUAUGCACACAGGCACUCUGCUUUCCUCUGACCGGAAACAUUUGGUGAACAUGUGACAUCAGAAGGAAGCCAUGAGGUCAGUGGUUCUAGGAGAGAUGCUGCAUAGAACUCUGCAUUCUUUGACAGUGAACAUACAUUGUGCUCUGCUGUUCCCAGAAAAAAAUAAUCCGGGUUUCCUAAUUGAAUUUGCUAUACAUUGCUUGGAUUUUUCUUUUUCUUUUUGGCAAAAAACAUGUUUCUCCUACCAGUGAGUGUAAGUAUAAUGAGCUAAAUGUGUUAAUGUGGAAAAUUCAUCUUGGACACCGUUGGCAUGUUUCUACUGAAUGUAAAAUGUUUACAAUUUGGUCCCAGAAUUGCUCUUUAUAUGCACCCACCGCUUCACUCGUCAAAUCACAGGUGAGGUGCAGUUUUGGUAUCGGAUGCCAAUCAAGUAUCAACCAUCCUGCUGUUGUCAUAAAUUAAAAUAUUGCACAUUAGCCUGAAGUACAUGCAAAUGCAUGGAUACAAUUUGACAGUUCUGAAGAAAAUAUUUUGCAUAAGUUGUAACCCACGUUUUAGUCUGAGUAUAUUGACUAAUAAUUCGCAGUCCAUUUUUUACCAAGUGUACUGCCUGGAUACUUGGCUUUUACAUUUCAAAGAUCUGUUUGGUCAAACCAGACUUUAUCAAUGCAAGCAAACACAUGCUUACUCUGUUAUGGAAAAAUAAACUAUAUCAAGACAGGCUGCCAGAGUUUGUAACCAGAUAGUAUCUGUUGAACUGAACAAUACACUUAUUCAAUCAUAUUUGUGAAUGUUAUAUUACUGCACAUAUAUAUCUGUCAGUCUGAAUACUUGCAUGGCUCCAUUACUGCCUUGCCUCCUCUUUUUCAAUACCUUCUCUAAAUGACAGACAAAGUUUAGAAAAUGUAAGGAAUUGUAAUCCUGCACUAUAAUAAAUAUAUACAUUUGUGUCUCUGGAAUUUUAAAUAACUUGAAUAUAUCCUGCUUCAGUCUUUACUUUGGAAUGUACAAAGAUGGUGUUUGUGUUAGGGAUUAAAUAAUAUCCCACUGUAUAGAUUUGAGUGAGUCAGUGUUAAUUUAAAAAAAUAAAUCUUAAGGAUGUUAUUAUAUAUUCAUUUGUGCUAGAUUUAAAUUUUUUUAAAGGCAUUCUAUAGUCACAGGGCUCAAAAUUGCCUAUAGCCAUUGGCAAAUGAACAUCUCUAGCCCUAGAGGGUAUACUUUGACUUGCAGUGGAAGGUAAUCUUUAAGGCAUGACAAGUAGCAUAAGACUACAAAUGUUAAGCUCUGGUCUUAGAAAGAUUGUUUUCAGGACUACAAAUUCCCUACCGCUAUGGUGACCCAUGCUUUCUAAAAAUGCAACAAUAUGUAAUAUGUACUCUCCUUGUUUCCAUUGCCAUACACAUUUGUUUUACAUUGCAGCAACAUUUAAGGCCACUGCACACAGACCUCUUUAUUAAGAUAAAUUGGUCUGGGUACCUAUAGUGGUCCUUUAAUCAAGUUUAUCUUCAGAAUAUGCACUGUAUGUAUUUGUAGGGAAAUUGGAUAGCGUUGUGAUGCUGUGGUGUGAACUGCAAUCUGCUCCAGAUAUUUACAGCUGUUGAUAUAGAAGCAGUAUUUAGCAGUAGUGAUGUCCUGAACGGUUCGCCGCGGACUCAUCAUUCCAGCCAAUCAGCAGCAGACCCUCCCAACUCCUGGACAGCUCACUAAGAAUGCAGCUUCAAAAUGGAUGCUGUCCAGGAGGUGGGAGAGUCUGGGAGGGAGGGUCUGCUGCUGAUUGGCUGGAAUGAUGAGUCCGCGGCGAACCGUUUGGGACAUCACUAUUUUGCAGCUCGAAUUAUGUUAAAGACUGUUUUAUAAUUUUUAGAUGUGUAUGAUUUAUUGUCAUGUUCCAAAAUUUAAUAUGUUGGUUUUUUUUUCUUUUCUUACAGGUGAAUCUGGUCUGGGAAAGUCCACACUCAUCAAUUCACUGUUUUUAACAGACCUGUACUCCCCAGAUUACCCUGGUCCUUCACACAGAAUUAAAAAAACGGUUCAGGUAUGAUUUUAGUUUGUUUUUCUUUCUCUUUCUUCUUCACUUGAAUAGUAAACAUUUACUCUAAAAAAACAAAAACUAUGACAUCUACAGAAAUGUUUCCUGAACUAUUUGCUUGUCAAUGUAGUUUAAAGGAACACUAUAGGAUCAGGAACACAAACAUAUUCCUUACCCUUUAGUGUUAAAACCACCAUUUAGGUGCCUUGCCCCCACCUUAGCCCCCGUUAAAAGGUAAAAUAACUUGCCUUAUUUCCAGUGUCUUGGAGUGUUCCUUUAAGCACCUCUUUGGAUUGCAGAAUUUAUAGAAAAUUGUGCAGAUCUGUUCUGCUAAAAUGUUCAACUAAAAAUUGCAGUCAGAUUUUAUGUGGCAAACUUGACAGUUGCUAUAGUAAGUCCUUGUUGCAGUUUGCAGUAGAUUAGGUAUUUUGUUUACUGACUCAAAAGAAGACAGUCUACAGGAAUGUUCUCUUGUAGCCAUCAACAUGUAAGAUGUUGUUUUCUCCUUGUUUCCCUCUCCCCCAUUUAUCUUUUAUUUUUUUCAAAAUGACUGAGAACACUGUGUGCUUCUACAUAGAUUUUAAACAUUUGUUAAAGGAACACACCACUGCCCAAGUGGGCUAAAAAGUACAAAUCACUGUAAGUACCUCUAUUAUAAAUGCUUGUAUUCGUUAAAAGUAUAUCUUAAAAAAUCUUGCAAAAGCUGCAGUUCUUAGAAACUGCAUCCUUUGCAAGCACCAUCCUUUCUCCAGGAGAGUCUAAUAGAUGCUUCUGAAGCUGUACCUCUGUUUGUGUGCACACGUGUUAGUGCGUAUGUACUGCACAGCGUUCUGUUCAGAGAUUUGAGAAGAAGGAAUGCAGGAGGCAGGCAGGCGUGCGUGCUCACGGUAGCUAGCAUAAGCAGGAAGCUUUCCAACCUCAGGAUGGUAUUUCUUUGAGAAACUGUAACUUCUAUAAGGUGCCUUUUGAAAUGAGAUACUCCUCACCCAUGAAGCACAUCAACAAGCUUGGCUGCUUUACGGGCGUUGUGUGGUUCUUUACUAAAGAAUGUGGAAGCUUCCAUACACCACGGGAUCAGUGGCACAUUGGUUUCACCAGCAGAAAGUGGAGACUUUAGUUUGGGUUGUGUAUGUGCCUAUGUAUUUAUCAUGCCACACUGGUUUUAUUUUAUAUGGUAAAAUUCUGUACUUUUGAAAGUUGUUGACUGAAUACACACCGUUUUGAAUGAGAUGCUCUCACAGCAUGGCAUGAUUUCAAUCUAAUACUAGUUUAACUGCAAGCUGGAGACCAAAUAGUAGUGUAUGCUCUCCCCCCUCCCACCUCACCCCCCUCAUUUUUAUGGCUGAAGGGGAGGGGGGCAAUAGUGAUGUGCACGUAAUUUAAAGUAGUGGAAUAGUAGAAUUUUUUUUAAGCCAGUGGAUGCCAACGGAUAUAUAGAAAAAAAAGAGUUGCCCUCAUAAACCCUGGCUAGAGAAUGCCCCAAAAGGUCAGUUCUUAAGAAUAAGACGUAACUGUACGAACCAACAGGAUUACAUAAACCAAGCGGGCCUAAUAAAGAAACAAUUUUUAGAAAAGGUCUACGAAGAGACUAAAUUAAUUGCAGCUAUGGAAGAAAUUCAAAACACCCCCAGAGAACAGUUACUAACUUAUAAACAACGUCAAAGAGAUUCAAACACAAAUAAAUAAAUGAAGCCCAUUUCAUAUGUAAUUUUAACGGAAACAGCAAAAAAAAUUAAUAGAGCUAUCAAUAAACAUUGGUAUAUUCUACAAAGAGAUCCAAUCUUGAAGAACCUAUUACCAACAAGACCAAAAAGUAUUUAUAGAGGCGCAGCAAAUUUGAAAAGAUCAUUAGUUCACAGUAGUGAAGGUUCACCUAAAUUCACACAACAUUUCUUAAGCCAAAGCAAAGUUUUUUUUGGUUGUGGGACAUGCCUAGCAUGCAGAACAACAAGAAACCCCAAAAGACAUAUAAAGAAUCUUAAAGAAUAUAUGGAUAUUAACUUUAUUAUAAAAGACCAACUAACCUGCUUUUCGAAAGGAGUCAUUUAUCAGUUGAAAUGCUCCUGUAAUCUACUGUACAUAGGUAGGACUAUCAGAAGCCUACAUGUCCUGAUAUCCGAACACGUUAGGAAUAUUAAAAAAGGUGUAGAAACCCAUAGUGUUUCUAACCAUUUUAAAAUUCAUCACAACCUCAACCCAGAACACAUUUUCUUCUGCCCACUAAAAAUUGUUAAAAAGGAUUGGAGAGGUGGAGAUUACACUAAAAAAAUAGGUUCAGAAGAGAUGAAAUUUAUUUUUAAUUUUAAUGCUUUGAUUCCCUAUGGUCUUAAUUCAGACUUUGAGAUUUGUCAUUUUAUCGAAUCUUAAUAUGCCAGGGUUUUAACUUUUUAUUGCUAUCAUUUUUUGUUAUCAAUUUUAGGUUUUAUUUCCCCUUUUUACAUAAAUUUACCACCUUUUGGGCUUCCACUUUAUGUACAACACAUCUAAUAUUUAAUGUGUGUAUCAAUUUACUGUCACCUAUGUCACUUAAGACAUACAACACACCUAUUUAGGUUUUAUGAUUGUAUUAAAGAUUGUUCACAUUUUGGGCUCUUACCUUAUAUACAAUAUAUUUAAUAUUUUAUGCAUGUAUUAAUUUACUGUCAUCCAUGCUAUGUAGGAUGUACAGCAUGUCAGUAUUUGGUGAUCCUUAAAUAUUGAUAGUUAUGGCUCGCUUCAGGUAUGAUGUGGACCUUUACCGACAAAAGGUCACUCCGGGUCAUUCUAAGCUUAGUGUGUCUCUAUGCAAUCUAUAGCUGUAUACGGAGCAGACCCUUCCAUUCCCAAAUUAUUUAUAAAUACAGUUUUCCUUAACCAUUCUAGAUGAUAACUUGUCUAUCACUAAAAUAAUCCAGUGUCUGAAGACCCAAAAGGCACUGUAAUAAUAUUGUAAUAAAUGAAACAAUGACUCAAAUAAAUAUAAGAUAAAAGUGUAUUGAAUGAAUGUUACAGAAUGCAAAAAUAGUCAGUAAAUAAUUAAUCUUACCAAAUGUAUUAGUGGCUACAGCAUAUGUCCCUGUAUACCUUUCAGAUGUGUGGUGACAGCAGGCAGAGUAAGAGUAGAUGAAUGAAUGACAACGUCACACUCUUUCUCCUUCAGUUAAAUAGCCAUUUUGUCCUCCAUAAAGCAGCCCCCACCUGUGUAAUACUCCCAAAAAGGUUUUCUAACUUGUUGCAUGAUGUAAUGUAUUGAAUAUCUAAGUUUGGGAUAUACCCUAGAUGGCUCUGCCUAUAGUUAGCUUCAAAAUUAAGUGAAGUGUUUUGUAUAAAUUUGACUGACAACACAUGUGUUUGUUCUAAAUUAACUUCAACUUUUUAGCGGUUAACCUUGUGGAAAUGUCAUUGAAAAUUUAACUUUUUCAAAUCUAAGCAAAAAGGCCUGCAAUAUUUCAUACACCUAUUUUAUACAGUUAAAUGUACAUUCAUAUUAGAUAUAUAUAUGCACCAUACCAUAUGAUACAUAUAUAUAUUGCAAACUACACAUUAAAUAAUGAUCAACACUCCACACAGCAUACCUAUAUAAGUUCUAUGAAUGUAUUGAAGACAGUUUAUACUAAGUAUGUCCGCAGUGGAACGCAUAGAUUCGGAACUAUGCGUUCCAGUGACGCCUUCUGUGCGCCCUGCAGACAGGGACCGGAAGUGAUGCGCACAAAGUCGGCGGUGGAACGCACACACGGAACAGCUGAGAAACCCGGAAGUGGAAGGGAAAUGCACUAUAUAAAGACGCCAAGGAAGCCCCCACUAAUAAUACUGACUGAUACCAACUGAGGAAGCCACCACCAUAGGGCGAAACGCGUUUUGGACAUAUACAGUCUAUUACAGACUUUUUAUUCUAUAUCAGCACCUUGAUUGGAAUUUUUUCCAUUUUAUUUGGCAUACCAUUUUCUUUCAUCAAUAAAGUUUCCUUCUUUUUGGGACAACAUAUUGGAAUACUGCAAUCUUCUUUUGUCAUCUUCCAACUACCCAAGAAAGAAUAGGAAGAAGGAUGGGGACAUCCUACUAAGAGUCCCACUACGCUUCACAUAAGAGCCAUAUGUUAUACUGGCUCUGGGCUUGUGAGUACCAUUGCUCUAUUGCCAUCUAUUAUACCUUUACCUAACAGUAUUAUACUAUGAUAUUCUGUUUGAUUUUGUAGAAUCGUCAGAUGUGUGUUCCACCUAUUGUAUGUAUUCACGUAAUUUAAAGGCCUGCCAUGUUUUGUUGGUAAUUCCAGUUAGAGAUGAUUGUAUUUUUUCUUUUAUUUUUAACACUUCAAAGCUUUUACUAAGCAUUCUAAGCACUAUAAACUCUACACCUCGCUGUAAGCAUUGUAUACUUGGUUUCUUUCAAAUUGUUUUCAAGUGGUUUGAUAAUUUAUUCGUUUGACACCUAAAGUCAAGCCAAUCUGCUGUGGCUAGGAUAAUACAAGAGCAAACUUCUGCUUUAUCAAUCUAUUGUAUAUAAUAUUUAUAUCAAUGGAUGCCUAGUGUUAGGCUGAGGAUAUCGACUGAUGCUCCUAUAUACUUUAAGCUUCUUUGAGCAGGGUCCUCUUUAACCUAUUGUGUAAGUUUUAUUGUAAUUGUCCUAUUUAUAGUUAAAUCCCCCUCUCGUAAUAUUAUAAAGCACUACAGAAUCUGUUGACGCUGUAUAAAUGGCAAUAAUAAUAGCCUAUCAGUGGCUGCCCAACUAACCCUUCACAUUCUGCAAUGCAGAGAUGCUAGAGUUCCAACUUCAGGGCUAAACAUUUGCCAAAUACUUUAACUCCUGAAGAUAAGAUGCCUGGGCACCCCUACCCUCCUAACAACCUUAAUGAGCUAAAGUUAUCUGGGUGUUAUUUUAAAGGGACUCUCCAGUGCCAGGAAAACAAUCAGUUUUACUGGCACUGCAUGUCCCCCCACUCCUCCCCCCACCACCCUUCCCCGGUUUUCACCCCUUCAGUGACUUACCUGAGACCCCCGCCGAUGUCCUUCAGCAUUGGUUUUGGGUCGCCACCGCUCCUCCCCUUCAUCAAGUCAGCAGGCGGGGGAGACUGAUCCCGCCCGCCGGCUGAGGAGACCUAAUGCGCAUGUGCAUUAGAGAGCUCUAAAUAGGAAAGCAUUGAAAAUGCUUUCCUAUGGGGAUUUGAGCGACACUGGAGGUCCUCACACAGCAUGAGGAUGUCCAGCGACGCUCUAGCACAGAAAACCUGUGCUAUAGACAUGGAAGUGCCCUCUAGUGGCUGUCUAGUAGACAGCCACUAGAAGAGGAGUUAACCCUGCAAGGUAAUUAUUGCAGUUUAUGAAAACGGCAAUAAUUACAGUUGCAGGGUUAAGGGUAGUGGGAGUUGGCACCCAGACCACUCCAAUGGGCAGAAGUGGUCUGGGUGCCUGGAGUGUCCCUUUAACAUUUAAGUCCAGGGUUGGAAAAACUUGUGCAUGUCCAAGCCACAGCAGAAAGGGCACACAUCAGGUUCCAGGUAAUUCCUAUUCAUACUGCUCAAACUGUUAAACAUAAUCACAGCAGUGAACUCUAGUUCUGGUGUUUAGAAUGUUCCUUUAAAAUGGUUUUGUUUUUGUUCACUGUUUGCCUGUUGCAAAAUAGUUUGCUGCGUAAAAAAAGGUUUGUUGUGAAUUGAUUAUUUUAUUAUUUAUAUAGCGCCAGCAAAUUCCUGUGCUCUGUGAGCACAAGAAGACUCCUGUCUGAUGUAGCAAAGCACGUUUUCUGGAGUUUUCCCAUGCAUUCCUGUUUUUCAGAAGCUGUCUAUAUAAUGAAAGGUUCUGGAGUUUUCAUGUUCAGGAAGUAGAGUAGCUUUUCUGACCCACCCAUACACAUUGGUUAUAGGCCCCUAACAGCAUGUGCAAACACAUAUUUGUUCUUGGUAAAUUCACUUCUGUGAGACGUUUCAUCCCCUUAAUUGACGUGCAGUUGGGACCACAAAUAGAUCUUUAAAAUGGAUAUAAGUGACCUGACUUAGCUGAGAGUGCAUGGGAAAGCAGCCAUUUGGAGUGGGUCUGCUGAGAAAAGUUUGAAAUUCCAUGACUUAGGCUAAUUUGUUUUCCUUGAGUCUCUUGGGAAUUCUGACUGCAGCACAUGAUGGGAUACAGUUGGAAGUUUAACCGUGAACGACAGUAGUUUACAGUUAUGGUUUAUUGGAUCUAUUCCAGAUGUUUCUUUCUGUUUUUGACCAUGUAUGGACACACUAAAUGCUAUACGUCAUAUGAUUUAGAAUAUAUUGCAAGAACAUUACAGAUAAAAUGCCUCCCUUGUCAUGCAUCUCAGUGCUUUUAAUGUUUUCAGGCUUAGCCAUUCAGGUUGCUUUAUUUGUAUACAGAACUACUUUAACAGUCACACGGAUAAGUCAUCUAAUUAUGUUAGUUUUUUUUUUGUCUCCGUUUGAUCCCCCACUCGUCCCCCAUAGACGUUUGGCAUGUUGCAGUGUCUGUUGCCAGUUCUCUUUUGAUUUUGUUUGAAAACUAGUACAAUCUUUAGUAAAGCUUUAUAGUUCUUGUCAGUCAUCUCGGCUUACAGAAUCUAUAGUAAAGCGGCCAAAUGAGUCUGGUCAAUCUGUUAAUUCAUCAUAUUUAUAAGUUCUAUUAGCUUCCAUUAACAGGUAGCAAAUGGCAUUUUCAUUUCUGCCAGGACUGUUAUAAAGUGGCAAAAUACAGAGUUGGUACCCAUUAAUAUAAAAAAAUAUAGUGUUAAUCUAAAAUCUUGCUAGGCUUUAAAACCGUGUGAUAUCUGUUUAUCAAAUAUGUACUUUGAACCAAAACGACAUUCUCUGCCAAGCUGGUUUCCAUAUGAUAAAGUGUGUGACAGUGAAGUUGUUAAUGCAGCUGCUUCCAUAAACAACAUUGUAUUAUUGACUGGGUAUAGAAAUAACCUGGAUCCUUUAAAAUGUAAUUUGAAGAUGUGCCAUCCACAAAACCCCUCCCCGUCUCCCCUCCCCGUCUCCCCUCCCCGUCUCCCAUGCGCUCCCCCUCCUAGUGUACUGUGCGUACAGCAUUUCUUGUGCCCCCUCGACAGAUGCUCCUGAUUGGCUGGGUCGCAAGUUUGACAUGCUUGCCUUAAAAGAUCUUGUGUUUUCUUGCUGUGUUACGUAUGAUUGUAUUUUGUACAUGCCUCACAGUAGAAAAGUCUCCACACAGGCUUAUUAGUAGAGGUAUAGAGCGGAUGCCAUGUAACUACCCCUGGAUGUUGGGCUAAGGCAGGGGUAGUCAACCUUUUUCUACCAACCGCCCACUAAUGCAUCUUUCUUGAUGGAGUUUUUUUUUUUUUUUUUACUCUCUUCUAUUUUUUUUUACCUUCCUUAAAGCAAUGCCCAGCAGGAAGGCUGAGCUAGGUAGCCCACUUACUAUUAUUAGCCAACAAUAAUUCUCUCCUUUUCCUUUUUAUAUUUUUUAUUUUCCUUCUUUCUCAUUUUUAACAAGUACUCUGCUCCUUCUUUCUCCUAUUCUACAAGUACUCUGCUCCUUCUUUCUUUCUUUCUUCGGUUCUACAAGUACUCUGCUCCUUCUUUCUUCUAUUUUACAAGUGCUCUGCUCCUUCUUUCUUCUAUUCUACAAGUAAUCUGCUCCUUCUUUCUCCUUUUUUACAAGUAGUCUCCUCCUUUAUUUUAAUUUUUUAAUUUUUUUUUGAUCUUUUUGUUUUUAUCUCCUUUUUUUUUUUAAUGCUUUUCUUUUACCUUCCUGAUUGCAAUGUACAAAAGAAAGGCUGAUCUAGUUAGCCCACUUAUUAUUAGUCAACAAUUCUCUCCUUGUCAUGCCUAUAACUUUUCUUUCUCCUAUUUUACAACUUCUGCUUCUGCCUGUCCCUGCUAUCGUGCAUCAGCUCCCACUCCUCCCUUUCUCUUCCCACGUGUUUCACGCAUUCUCGCGCGCGUUCGUACUUUUGUGUGCACUCGCGCCCACCCACCCUCUCAAAAGGAGGAUUUAGCAUUUUAGCUUGUUGUGCCGCCGAAAUCCCUACUGCCCACCUGGAAUCCUGAAAUGCCCACUAGUGGGCGGUAGGGACCAGGUUGACCACCCAGGACGUACUUGAAAACCAGAGUAAUCUGAAUGUACCUUUCCUGGUUAAAUACUUUAUUAUUUGAAAGUGGCACAUUUGUUACUACAUGAACACAGAGAAGCUGAUGUGAGCAAUUAGUCUGUACUAAUAAUUCCUAAAAUAAUUGCACUAUGGCACACCUAUUUCUUUUUUUCUUAGCCUUUGCCAACAACUUUUAAACAUUGUUUCAGCGUUUCUACCCUGAAUAUUUUAUACAUAUUUCUAACUAAAUUGACUUAAAGGGACACUAUAGUCACCCAGACCACUUCAGCAGUCAGGUCCCUCUAGGGUUUACCCUGCCUGAUGUAAACAUAGCAGUUUCUCUGAAACUGCUAUGUUUACAUCUGGUGUUAAGCCUGCCUCUAGUGGCUGUUUUCCGGACAGCCACUAGAGGCGCAUCGGCAAUGAUUGAGGCAUAUUAUGCCUCAAUCACACAGAGCAUCCAUAGGAAAGCAUUGAAAAAUGCUUUCCUACGGACACUUUGAAUGCGCGUGCGGCACUGCCCCGCAUGCGCAUUCGGCGCCGCUGACUUCGGCGGGGGAGGAGAAGUAAGGGAGCCUGGCGGGGGAAAAGGGUGAGUAGCUGAAGGGGUUAAAACGGGGACCCUGAGGGUGGGGGCACACACAGGAUACUAUAGUGUCAGGAAAACUAAGCGGUUUUCCUGACACUAUAGUGUCGGUUUGCCUUUGCAUAAAGCAAAAAAAAAACUUAAGAACUGCAUUCAGCCUACUACAUCCUAAUAGUCAAUGUGUUUAUGGAAAACUUUGAGGUGGCGUGAGGAACACCAGUAUGCUAGAACACACUCAUUGGAAUCCACUGGUCUAAAUGCAGUCAUGCAAGCAAACUCUUGGUUCAAAGAGAGAUAAACUACCUGCUGGUAAGAGAGUUCAAUGAUUAGUUCUCUUGUUGCAGUAUCUCUGGAACUGUCCUCAAGCUGCAGAUUUCAUUCCCACCGGGGUGACCUCACAUUUAAUCUAUCUGACUUUGAUAAAAUGACACUAUAUUCAGUGAUGGCUUUUGAUAGUUUUCAGAUGAUUUCUAAUGUCUUUCUUCCUGGCGUUUCAAUUGCUGGAUAAUUUGUAGGUGGCCUAAUAUAUACAGGUAUCUUGCAAUUAUAGGUUCAAGGUUUAAACAUAAUGACAUGUAUUCACAGUAUAUCCUUUUUUUCUUAUUAGGUUGAACAGUCAAAGGUUCUAAUCAAAGAAGGGGGAGUCCAGCUACUUCUUACAAUAGUAGAUACACCUGGAUUUGGAGAUGCAGUGGAUAAUAGCAACUGGUAAGCUUUGUUUUAUUUUGGUGUUUUUCGUCUGAUUCUGUAGUUAAUUUAUUUAGUGGUUGUUGCCAUACUACUUAAAAUUGAUUUUAUUUAUAGGAAUACUCCAACCCGUUAUGGUACCCUGGCACUCUCCCAAGAUAAGUAGUCAGACUAUUUGCAAAUGGUUUGGGAACUUUCCAGCUGUGUACAUCUUUUGCAGUCAAAAGCUCUAUGGUUCAGGGUUUGCUCAUUGACUGAGAGCACUCUGCUGGCACUCUAAUCCAAUGAGCUGGCCUUGCAUUGCAGGGAUUAGCUCGUUGGUGCUAAAGGGACUUUUGUCCACAGGAGGCAGAUACUGGUGCCUGGAGGACCCAGGUAAAUUUUUAAACCGUUUGCAAAGCGACUACUUACUGUGGACAGGACCAGUACAGUGUUUGUCCCUUGAUUAAAGAAACUCUCUAAGCAUCACAAAGGGGAAAAAAGAGCCUCUUCUAUGUAUUGGAUCAUUCUAGACUUUGUGAUUUGAGGGUAUUUUUUUUUCUUCUCAUUUUAACUACAAAUCUUAAUAAACUACCCUUUAUGAUCAAAAAAGGUUUGAUUUUUAACUAAACUGUAAUACUUUGUCACUUUGUUGCUGCUUUGUCUCUGCUGUGUAGAUGUUACUCUUCACUAGCUCUUUUAGAUUGAUCUGUUUCUACAUUUCAUGCAAUUGUUAAUUUUUAUUAUAUAUAUAUAUAUAUAUCUAUCUCUAUAUGUGCGUGUGUGUAUAUGUAUAUGUGCGUGUGUGUGUGUGUAUGUAUGUGUAUGUGUGUAUGUGUAUGUAUGUUUGUAGUCUUUAAAACAGGGCAGCAGCCCCGGGCCCAGUUACUCCUGGGGGGACCCUCUUCCCUCAAUAAAAAAAAUUCCCGUCCUCUAAGCAGUCCCACCGGGUGGCCCAUGCACUCAUGGCCACCCGGUGGGCUUGUCUCGGCAGGGGCCUGGCGAUAAAUAUAUAUGGCUACCCAGUGGGCUUGUAUCAGCAGGGGCCUGGUCGGGCCCUGUGGCCCAUUAACAACGCAACCAGGCCCCUUGGCUUUUCGUCAGCAUGAGACGAAGGGACAGCCGCAAGUCACUUCCUCCCAUAAAGAGGAGCAGCGCAGGAGGGGGCAGGAGUCGUCGUGUGGGAGUAAGGAGGCGGCGGCGGCAGUGAGGAUGGAGGCUCCUCACUCCCAUCAGCCUCAGGCACCACUGGACCCCAGGGAAGCCACCCUCCAGGAAAUGGUAGGAAACUGGAGGGUGGGUUUAAAAAGAAAAUUUUUGUCUGUCUGUCUCUCUGUCUGUGUCGGUCUCUCUCUGUCUGUGUCGGUCUCUCUCUGUCUGUGUCGGUCUCUCUCUGUCUGUGUCGGUCUCUCUCUGUCUGUGUCGGUCUCUCUCUGUCUGUGUCGGUCUCUCUCUGUCUGUGUCGGUCUCUCUCUGUCUGUGUCGGUCUCUCUCUGUCUGUGUCGGUCUCUCUCUGUCUGUGUCGGUCUCUCUCUGUCUGUGUCUGUGUCGGUCUCUCUCUCUCUCUGUCUCUCUGUCUGUCUGUCUCUCUGUCUGUCUGUCUCUCUGUCUGUCUGUCUCUCUGUCUGUCUGUCUCUCUGUCUGUCUGUCUCUCUGUCUGUCUGUCUCUGUCUCUCUGUCUGUCUGUCUCUCUGUCUCUGUCUGUCUCUCUGUCUGUCUGUCUGUCUGUCUCUCUCUCUGUCUGUCUGUCGGCCUCUCGGCCUCAACAUUAAAUACAGAUACACCCCUCCAUUCAUACUUCAACAUUACAUACAAACACACCUCUGUGUUAAACACCACAAUUAUAUAUAAACAAAACCCCUACAUUCAAAAACCAACACUACACAUAAAUGUACACUUGCAUUUCAACCUCAACACCAUACAGCCUCAACACCAUAUACAAAUGCAUUCACACAAACAUACUCCUGCAUACACAUGCUUAUAUUCAAACACUGCUAAAUACAACCCUGCAAACAUGGGAAAUUGGUAGAGCCACAGCUGUCAAAAGAAUAUAACUUUUAUUGAUCAGGUUGCUCAUAUUUGGCAGAAUUACAAUAAUAUUGUUCCCUGGGUUUUUUUGUUUCCCUGCAGUUGGCAACCGGUUAUUGACUAUAUUGACAGUAAAUUUGAAGACUACCUUAAUGCAGAAUCCCGCGUGAACAGACGCCAGAUGCCAGAUAAUCGCGUGCAGUGCUGCUUAUAUUUCAUCGCACCCUCAGGCCAUGGGUCAGUAUUCAAAAUAACGCUGAAUCUGUCUGUGUGUAAGUGUAUGCUGAUAUCACUUCUGCUUUGCCAUGCACAACUGGAGUUACAUUGAAAGGUUCUCUGAGGGCUGUUUUAAUCACGUUUCCUAUACUGUUAUAUAAUGUGGAUAACAUCAAUGAACCAUAAAUGGAAUGCUAAGCAGCCCAUUAUCAGUACUUCCUGCCCAAAAAAGCUUUACACCAACCAUAAAAAUUUAAAUAUAAACCCUUCAACAACAGGGGGUUUCAAGAAGAGGGACAGUUAAUAUAAAAAUACUUUUUUUUAGAACUUAUUAAAAUGUGUUCACAUACUCAAAACAGGUUAGGCAGGUCUAUACACCUACAUUCAGAUUAUAAUUUAUGCUGAACAUUCAGAGGCAAUAACAGUAGCAGGGUAUAGCUACAGUGUACCAGUGCCACACUCUUUAGGCAGCUGCAUUGUAUAAAACAAUCACUACCUCCAAGAAAGGUAGAAUAGAAUUAGAUCUCUGUAUAUAUGUAGCUGUACACCGUGCAUGUCAAACAGGCCAAAUAAAUAAGGUUUGUUUAUGUGGGCCGCACAAAAAAAACAAACUUAAAUUUUCACAGAAACUUUGGUUUAUUUCUGAAAAGUACAGUAUAUAAAAAAAAAAGCAUCCCCCUCUACUAAAUCCCAGUCUUGUCCCCCCCCAAAUAUACUAAAUCCCAGUCCUACACCAUAUACUAAAUCCCAGUCUUACACCAUAUACUAAAUCCCAGUCUUACACCAUAUACUAAAUCCCAGUCUUACACCAUAUACUAAAUCCCAGUCUUACACCAUAUACUAAAUCCCAGUCUUACACCAUAUACUAAAUCCCAGUCUUACACCAUAUACUAAAUCCCAGUACACCAUAUACUAAAUCCCAGUCCUACACCAUAUACUAAAUCCCAGUCCUACACCAUAUACUAAAUCCCAGUCCUACACCAUAUACUAAAUCCCAGUCCUACACCAUAUACUAAAUCCCAGAACACCCCUCUAGCCAAUAAGCUGACUCAACUUACAUUGCCGCUGCCAGUAUGCGACUCCAGAGUCCGACCUCUGGUAUACCUCAAAUGGCGCCGUCCGCACCCUGUGCCAAAGUGGAUCCUCUAGCUACUUCUCGAAACCCUGUGAAGAUGGAGUACGUUGGAAUGUGACGUGGUGCUGCGUGCCUCUGUACACCUUCAGGUUUUCCACUGUCCAGCCGCAGCUAUUGCAACAUUGACACACACUGACAGACGCACACUCGCUGGCAUGCGCACUCACUCAAAUCAUUUUAUUUAUUGCUCCCUACCUUCGGGAGCUGGUGUGGGGAUCUUCUGUUUGGAGAUCUCAGUCUUCCUGCUCCCUCACGCGUGCCUUCUCUAGCGAUAUUCCGGCACGCACGAGUGAGCAGUGAGGAGCAGGAAGACUGAGCUCCUCCAGCGAUAUGAGUCCCGGCCAGGUAAAUUUUAGCAAUGGAGGCACCUGCAAUGUAACAAGCUCAAAAUGAGUAUGCCAUGGACUCUCAAGGCUUGCAGUGGUGAUUUUGAUGCCUGCCACGUAGCAUAGGACUUGAAAUUUUAAAGGGACAAUAUAGUCACCAGAGCAACUACAGCUUAUUGUAUUUGUUCUGGUGCGCAUAAUCUUUCCCUUCAGGCUUUUUGUUAUAAAAACAGUUUUUUUUAUUUUAUUUUUCAGAGAAAAGUGUUUACAUUACAGCCUAGGGAUACCUCAACUGGCCACUCCUCAGAUGGCUACUAGAGGUGCUUCCUGGGUCAGUGCUGCAUAGGGUGCAGCACUGACAUUCAGUGUCUCCACCCUUUGCAUGGAGACAAUGAACAUUCCUCAUAGAGUUGCAUUGAUUCAAUGCAUCUCUAUGAGGAGAUGCUGAUUGGCCAGAGCUGUUUUUGGCUUGUGCUGGCUGUGCCCGUGAUCUGCCUCCUUGACAGUCUCAGCCAGUCCUAUGGAAAGCAUUGUUUGGCUUUUGAUUAACACUUCUGAUUAUGUCAGUCAAGCAGGCAGAUCAGGGGCAGAGCCAGCAGAAGACAGACUGGAAUAGAAGUAAUAUUUUAUUACAUUUAGGAGUGCCAGGAAGGGGCUAGAUGGUAUUUUUGAAACUCUAAGGUCAGGAAUACAUAGUUGUGUUCCUGACCCUAUAGUGUUCCUUUAAGCCUUGCUAAAUGCAUCUUUGGGAACAAAGACCUACUUAUAACUUGCCCUAAAUCUCCAGCAUUAUAAAACACUGCGUGCCUUGGGUAUAACUUCCACUUGCAAAUUUUAAAGGCCAACAAAUUAAAGUGCAAAAAAAGAAGUGUAAUGCAUUAUAAGAAUAAAAUAUGAAUGACACCCUCUUGAUUAUUUUUAAACUUCAAACAUUUUCCACAACAUGUUAGUUUUGACAUUGGAGAUGUAUAACAGCAAAUUGUUAACAGUAUCAAAAGAUAAAGAGGGUCCUACCUAAACAAGAUUCCAUAAGACAGGACCUAUGUCGUUGCAGAGAAAAAUGUAAAACACUUUCUCUUUAACAUUGUAUAUAUUCAGCUUGCAUGGAACGCUCUGCUACACAAUAUGAAAACAGUUUGUUCUGUAUUUGCUAGCCUCUUUUCGUAACAGUUUUUUUUUGUUUGUUUUAUUUACAAAUUUUCUGCAUCUCAAACUAGUUAAAACUGUCACAGAUUUUUGUUAAUUUUAAGUUCUAUUUUGCUGUAAUAUGUUCUUAUUAUGACUGUUUCUCUGUGGGAACAGCAGAAGACAAAGGAAAAAAACAUGAGGCAGUGGUACACUGGCUGACCUUAAACUUUUAGAUUGCAAUAUUCUCCAAAUUCCUUUGUCAAGAAUGUAACAUUAUCACUGUUAGCAGCACAAAUUGUACAUUUUAUCUCCAAGGAUAAGAGGAAUAAUUUCCUAAACAAGAGUUCCCAAGCCAGUUAGUAAAAAGCAUGCAUUUUUCAAAAAGUUGUGCAACUUUUUAACUCAUUAACGCUCUCAUUUCUGUCCUGGAGAGUUAAUGCAUGUUUUUUUUGUAAAGAGCCACUUGAUUAAAGGGACACUCCACUGCCCAAAUAAAUAAAAAUCACUGUUUAGUAGAUCUACACCAAACGAAAACUUGCAUGCUUCGAAUUAUGCAUUUUUUUUUUCAUUGGAGAUCUCUUGUCUGCUGCCUUUGCAAACCCUCCUCUUCUAACAUCGCCCAGACUUUUUGUGGCUGUCCAAUCAUAGCAUUCUCAAUGUAGCUCUAUAAGAAGUCUUGGCAAGGCAUCUCUGGGCAAUUGCUGCCUCUUGAGUUUAGUGCAAAUCAGCUAUCCAAAACAUGAAGUAACAAGACAUGUUGUCCAAAAUGAGAUAAAGAAACAUAGUCUUCACUUAUAAAGUGCUUUAGGGAUCUGGACUGUCCCUUUAACACAUCUGUCAAAUUGUUGCCUGGUUAGGAGAUAGGGAUUGCUCUUCCUCUUUUUAGCACUGCAACCUCUGCUGGCAUGUCAGAACUGUAACCUUUACAAAACAAAAAUCUUAAUUUGGUGUGGAAAAAAAAAUCCAUAAUUGCAUGAGAUGAGAACCUGUUUCGUCUUCACUUAAAAUGAAAAAAUGUAAAGAGUCCCUGAUUUAUUUAUAUAUAUAUAUAUAUAUAUAUAUAUAUUUAUAUAUAUAUAUUACAAUGUUAAAUAAAAAUAGGUGUGACCUAUAUACCAUAACCACUUAAUUAACCUAAAGUUGUUUUGGUGCCUUUAGUGUCACUUUAACUUAGAACAAGCACAUUACUUGCAAGCUACUUUGCUUUUGCAACAUGGCUUAAUGAAGGUGUUUUGCACAAUUAUAUUAACUUAGGAUAUUUCACAGUAUAAUGACUAAUGCUGAGUAUGGCACUAGUGCUUUUCAGAAGGAAAAAAAAAAAUAUAUAUAUAUAUAUAUAUAUAUAUUUUUAUUUUUUAUUUUUUUUUAUAUACUUUGCGUAGAUGGCAGUUCAUGAGAAGCAAGAUUCAAAGGAACACUCUAGCUUAAUUUUAGUUAGAUGUGUUCUUUCAGUGUUUUAAAUGGAGAUUCUAUUUAAUGGUUACCCUGCUUUAAACACCUGUAAUCCCGCGCUGGGACAGUCUCUUUUGUGCAGCCACUCUACCUUGUCUCAUAACCGCAAUCACCAUGGACACAAAUGAACUUCCAUUGGUGACUCCUCCCUAUUAUAUAUUUGCACCAUUUUGUAGAACAAAAAAUUAGGGAUUGUGGGGGGAGAGAGGGGUAGAGAAGUUGGCUAGAGUAGAUAAAAAAUAAAGCUGGAAAAAUAGCAUCACUUCAAAACUUUUGCUACUUCUUUGGCCUAAAUUCACUUGCUACUUCAUUCUACCUGGUUUAGUAAAUAAACCCUAAAGUAUCUGUUCUUUCAUUCCAUCGAAACUAAGCAGAUCAAUAUAAUAUUUUGGAAGGCUGGAAGCACUUAUAUUUCCUGUGCAAGAAGCCUUUUGGCUCCUCUUAUGCCCGAUUACUGUUCCAUUAGUAAUGCAUUUGUGUGUCUUAGUUACCACCAGGGGUUUAGACGACUUUUCCAACUCUUAAUAGUAUGUAUUCUAUUUCAGAUAAGCCAUUAGCAGCAUAUUUUAGAUGGUCCAAAGUUCUCCAAAUGAACCAAACAAUUUUUUCUAUGCAAUUUUAAAACCAAUAAGUCAUUUAAAGGUAAAUCACUGUGAGACAUACUUUUCAUGGGCGUCCUAAAUUUCUUUAUUUUAUGUUCUUUGGUAAAUUCUGAGUUAUUUGUUGCGAGUGGGUUAAAAAGUCCCAGCAGUAAGAAUACAGUGUGUAUGUGAUUAUAUGAAAUAUGCUUAUUACUUUAUAAAUUAUAUUUGUAAGAAACUUGUAAAUGCAUAUAUAUGUGAAGUCUAGUACUCACCCAUGCGCCUUGAAAUUUUUUUCCCAUUCUAAGUUCAGAAGAAUUCACAUAUAGCUAUCUUCCUUAGAUUGUUAAGCUUGGUGAAGUGCAAGUGAACUGUGCACCAGUAAGAUUUCAUGGUUAAAGGAACACAAACAAGUAUUCCUGACCCUAUAGUGUUAAACCCACAAUUUAGAUGUCUUGCCCCUUCUUUCCCCCCUCCCCCCGUUAGUCUAAUUAAUAAUAAUUAAAACUUUUACCUUAUUUGCAGCGUUGCACUGAAUGCAUCUCUAUGAGGAAACUGCUGAACGGCAGUGAUGCAUACUGUGCAGCACUGCCCCAGGAAGCACCUCCAGUGGCCAUGUGAGGAGUGGCCACUGGAGGAGUCCCUGGGGGGCAAUGAAAACACUGCCUUUUCUCUGAAAAGGUAAUGUUUGCAUGAAAAUGCCUGCAGGUAAUGAGGAUACUCACCAGAACAACUACAAUAAGCGCAAUAAGCUGUAGUUGUUCUGGGUACUAUAGUGUUGCUUUAAGCUGAAGUCAGUUCAGACACCUAGGGGAAUUUUAAUGAUGCUCAGCUAAAAUGUGGUUUUUGUUGUUGUUUUUUGUUUGUUUUUGUUUUAUUAUUUUUCCAACUAGGAUUGAUAUAGAACAUGUAAAAUUCACCUUUUUAUGUGGAUAAAUAUAAAAAAAAAAAAUCUGGCUAGCUCAUCAAUAGAUUGUCUGCCUCCCUCAUUCUUUAGAUAUCUGUCAGCAUCUGCUUUUUAGUGCUACUGCCUCUUUAAGGUUUAGUAUUACAGCAGAGCUUAGGAAUGUUGGCGCUUAUAUUAUAAAUGUAGCAUUUGCAUUCUUACCACAGGAAACUGCAAGACACAGAGCAGAGUCUGGCAAAAUAAAGCACAUUUCUGUAUGCAUGGCGGCUUAGGUUAGAGAAUGUCAGAUGGCUUCCUGUAUUCACUGUGACCCAUAUCCUGCUGUUUCGUGUAAAGGACUUUUUUUCUUCUUAAAUAUUUUAGUAACUUAUUCUUUAUAGGUGUAUGCUUAGUUAAGUAUAAACUGUUUUACUUUGCAUGCUUAGUUGAGUAUAAACUGCUUUACACUCAUCAGUCAUUAAUUUAUUGAUACAAAUGUUGAUGUCCUCUCAAAGUCUGAUCAGAUGAGUAUUUGGCAUUGAUGAUAUCCCGUGGCACACCUAUGCCCUAGAAGUAAAUGUUUGGAGGCAGGUGUAAUUUUUAGCUCCAUCAACUCUUAACAAACUGUUAUAUGCUGGAUAACAGAUUAAGGCGAUUAUCUUAUUUAAGGCCACAAAUAGAAGUCAUUUUUUUAAAUAAGUUUUUUGAAGUUUGUGGGUGGUGGGAACGAUUUACAGACCCUUAUGCUAAAGCAGAAAUUAAAGUUAACCUGUCAUGACCACUUCACUUCAAUAGCAUUUUCUUAUGCAUUAAAUAUCAAAAUGAUAAAUUAAAUCAAGACCUGUUGUGUAAUACUCUGCUCCAUUCCAGCAAUAGCAACCGAGCCAUCACUGCAGCUUCAUUUGUGUUACUCUAAUGUAACACCAACAUUCCUUCGAAUUGCCUUCUUUCCAUUACUAUUUUUAACUGUUUGUGAACACUUUCCCAAUCAGGGCAUUCCUCUUUCAUGGCACAAAUACUUUGGCUUCAUUACGAGUGCAUUGGCAUCAGAACGGAGUGACAUGUGUCAAUGCAGUCCUAUUUUCUCCCAGAGGGGAAGGCCCAUAGCUUCAUUUAGUUUAUUUAUUUUUUGUCUUGAAUAUCUUUUUCUAGCGAUUUUUGUUUUAAAUUUAAUUGUAAUUCAACUUAUUUACUGUGAUCGGUACACUUUGUCAUACAAAAAAAAAUAUUGUUCAAAUUGUACAGAAGUAAAACGGGGAAGCAAAGCCUAUGAAGACAUGGGUUGAAUUUUUGAGAACUUCAGUUCAUUCAUAAAAACUCAAUUUACUCAGCAUUCUUGUCCAUAACGUGUAUCUUAAUAUCUAGCUAAUUCAAUCAAAUGCCCCUUGUGUUUUAUAAUCUCAAUAGAGAAAAAACUGAAUUCAAUUCAGUGAUAGAUAUGGAAAGUAGAUUCUUUGACAUUUAGCAGUGCAUUUUAUAUUUCACUGUGAGGUGUUUUAAGGGGUUAUGUAUAAAGCGCAAUUCUACAAGUGGACCAAUCAGCUGGAAAUUAAUUUGGCUUCCAUAGUGAAUUAUUCAUUAUUCGCUAAUUUGCUCGAGUGAACGUCCUUGCACAAAAUGUUAAAUUUUUGUAUACUAUUAUGACAGCUUGAUUGCAGAAUGCAGAUCAAGACCGUCACUACUCAAAACUUGUCACCACAAACAUCCUAGACAGCUAGUGCAGUCCUUGAAUAUGAUCUUUGAGGGCCACCAACAAUCCCACUUCUAGGGCUUAUGAGAUUUUGUGUAUAGGGGAUAAAAACCUAGUUUUAGUGAUCCUCGAGGGUUUUGUCUUCUCAAGCACUAUUCUAAAUGAAUGUUGAGUUCUCAAAUACAUUAAUAAGGACUAGCAAAAACUUGGUGUAAGUGAACAAAAGCAAAAUGUCCUUCUGUCUCAUUCAACCACCAGUCACUUUUGAAUGGAAUGCUGUUUGUUAAAUGUUUUCUUCUCUCCCCUCUUUAGACUGAAGCCUUUGGACAUCGAGUUCAUGAAGCGUUUGCACGAGAAAGUCAACAUAAUUCCACUCAUUGCCAAAGCUGAUACUCUUACUCCAGAAGAAUGCCAGCAGUUUAAAAAGCAGGUGAGAUACCAUCAAUUUACAGAAUGGUUUGUGUUAUCUUAUCUGGGAAAUAGUGAUACUAUGUCUAUAAGCAUGGUCCAUAAACUAUUUCCAGUUUUAAGUACUGGAGGUAUGUUCUCUAUAUGUAGUGAGCAUGUUACAAUUGUACCUGUGCAGAAAUUUGUUUCAAACAGUUUGUCCAAAUCACAUUCCUUUUAAUUUACACUUGGGCAAGUCGAUCAUCCAGGAUUUACCUGUGGAGUAUGUUUGGAAAUUCUUGCUGCAGGGUAUGAUUUUUUUUAACUCUGCUGAAACUGUGUAUAGAUGGCGGAAUUAAAGAUGUAAAAAAAUUUUUUAUUUUUUUUAAAUAGGAUCUAUGAAACAAUUCUCUAUUUGUAGAAUUGUUUAUGGUUCAUAUAUUUAAUUGAAAGAUGAAGGUUAUCUCAAUUGUUUUUGAAAUUAUUAAAGACUUGGAUGCAUUUUGCGUCAAAUAGGCUUUUCUACCAAAUCAGCAUUAAGUUUCUCUGACAUUUGCUGGUUUUAUUUUUACGUUUACAGUUUUUCUUUUUUGUUUUGCAUUUUUUGUUAGGGUUUUAUUACUAUUGUCUUAACAUAUUUUUCUUACAUCUUUUUGGAUACUUACAGCAUUGUCUUUUUUGCCAUCAACUAAGCUACCAUUGUCAUACUCAUUGUAUACUCAUUUCAGUCUUACAGAAGUGCCAAACAGUACUGUGGGUACCAAAAUGGACCUACUGCUGUACACACACUGCCUUUGAAGGAGGUUUGAUUUCAUGAGCCUGCUAUUGUCUUUUUACUCUUGGAGUGAAGCUUCUGCACUCUUUACAGUAACCAUUCUCAAUGUAACAUUGACUUGAAGAAACAAGUGCACUUUUAGAUUUAAAGGGAAAGUCUAGACAUUAAAACCACUGCAGCGUAAUGUGGUGGUCAUCAUGCUGAGAUGCUGCCCUGCAUUCUGACAUAUGUAAACAUUGUCAUUUCAUAGAAAUAUAAGAAAUGACAGCCAGUUAAAAUGUCUCUGGUAACUGACAGAUGAUGCCGAGUUCCAUGUAAUCUCUGAGGAGAUUCCCAAAUGCUGCAUAUGCUCUUGAGGGCAGCACUGCUUCUUUAGUAGAAGCAUUGGAUUGUCCAUAGAUAUGUCUGACUAAUCUCAGGGGAAAGCAGAGAAGUGGAUGUGGCAAGACCAGGAUGCCACUGGAUGAAAUGUGAAUGUCUUUAUUUUUGUUUUGUUUUACAGGGGAGAUUGAAUCUACAGCUGGAGCAACACUCUAUAGUUAUAAAUACAAAUAUGUAUUUAUUGCAUUAGAGUAGCCCUCUAAAACAUCAAUAUAUUUGUUUUCCACGUUUUUGCAAUGUAGCGUUCCAUACUGGAAAUAUGGCUAGAAAAUGUAAAUCAUGUAGGUGAUUUUUUUAUUUUUUUUGGUAGAUAAUGAAAGAAAUCCAAGAACACAAAAUCAAGAUCUAUGAAUUCCCAGAGACAGAUGAUGAAGAAGAAAAUAAGCUGGUGAAAAAAAUAAAGGUUUGAGUCUUUGUCUCAAAUGAUUUGCUCUACCAAUGUAAUUCAAUAUGUAAAUGAACGGAGUGUCUUGCAAUGCUGUCCCAUGCUAGAAGUGAUUGGGUUCAGGGUAAACCACAUGAGGACGUAAUAUACGUUUUGUUCUGUCAGAAAUUUACUCAGCGUUUUCUACAUACAUUACUGUCAAGUGGAUUUUACAGUAAACAAAAUUAUAGUAGCAGAAAGUCAAAGUGUACAAUUCAGGAAUUGCCUUUCUGAGAUCUUCAAGUGCCCCUGUCGUGAAAAGAUGUCAUGGUAACACUUUAUAGACAUUAAAUGUUAUCUAUGUAUUGUUUUAACCAAAUGCUGCUAAAUAUAAUAGUAUCUUUUUGCUGUGGAAGACUAUAGCGUAUCCAUUGUUAUAGCUCUGCUGGUAAGCCAGACAUCUGCAAGGAAUGCUGGUAUUGUGGGAUGCACGGAUCUCUGAAUAGCCGUAGAAGCAAGCCUCUGCUAAAUUGAUUUUAAUAUAUACCUGUUGUUAAUACCUCUGGCUCAAUAUAUAGAUAACAUUAGACUCCUAAUUUGACAUGGGCUCCAUAAUUAUUUUCUCCCUUUACUAAUAAAUGUGUCUCCAUUAACACUGGCUUGCUCAACCAUCCCCCAAUCCUGACCUUCCACACUUUCAUUUAACUGAGGUAGAUAUGGUCUUAUACUCCUUUUCAUGUACAGAUAGGUUUUCAUAUCUGUAUUAUUAAACGUCUAACUAUAUAGUUGCCAGCUGGAUAGAUGGCUGUAUAAAUUGUGAUAUGUGUGAGCUGCUAAUUUUUAAUAAAGGCUAUUGUCCCAUUUACUGCCGGUGUAACAUCAGCGCAAAUAACCAUUUCAUAAACCUUUUUAGUCAGAAGUAUACAGAAGUGAAUCAGUUAGGGAAUAUCAUUUGAGGGAAAGCUCAAUUUUUGUAAUGAAUGCAAGCUGUGUAAAAUUUAUUGAAUUAUUGUAUUUAAUAUUUAAUUGGCAUGUUACUUAAUGCAAUAUACCUCAGAACAGCUGUCCCCAAUCAGUACACCACCAAUGUAGGUAAAAUCUGUAGUGUAAUUUACUCUGUGGUGAUGUGAGGUGGUUCAUAAACGUGCACCCAAAAGGACAAGAUGCUGACCUGUUACUCUUCUCUUUUAGGACCGUUUACCUCUUGCUGUGGUGGGUAGCAACACGAUUAUAGAAGUCAAUGGCAAGAGACUAAGAGGAAGACAGUAUCCAUGGGGGGUUGCAGAAGGUAAGAUUUGAUCUUGGGAUGAAGAUUUUUAUUUCUUUUCUCUUUUACAUUUUACAUUGGGAAUAUUUUAGAUUAUCUCCUUGCAUACUUUUUCUACUUUUGCUGUUGAUCCAGUGCUUCUCUAGAAAACGUUUCCAGGGAUAUUAAGAGGAAAAUAUUUACUUCUGUUUCAGCAAGGAACACAAAAAGUACACAUUCUUACUAGGUUUAAAUCUUACUAUUCUAAACAACUGCUAAAUUUCCACACUAGAUGUUGUCUUUCACUUUUGUUAAACUAGAUAUUUAUGGUGUAGAAUUCAAAGUCUCUGACAGUCUGAAGUUAGGUGUUGCUAAAUUUGUGGUGAUUUUGGAAAACUGGGGGGACAGGGACUCUACAGUGGUUUCAUAAAAUUCUCAACAAUGCUACUUUAACCAGCGUGUCAUAAUACUUAGAUUGUUUUCACUGGUCUCAGAUAAUGCCAUGAGACCCAUGCAAGUAAGCAGUUUUAUUUUUUAUUACAAAUUGAAACCGGUCUAAAAUAGGUAUAUGAAGCGUAUUGGCUUGUUUUACUACUAAUCAGGCAGGGCUCGACAAAUCCAGGUUGCCGUGGCUACUAGGAUUUUUGUCCUGGCGCCUGGAAUUUGCUGGCCCAUUUAGCCCCCAAGGUGGUCGGCUGCCUAUGAGUGCUUACGGGCGGCCCAUAAAGCUUACGGGCGGGCGGCCCAUAAACAGUGUUGUGCACUGUAUAGCACUGACCCAGGAUGCACUCCAGAGGCCAUCUGAGUGACUGUCACUAGAAGUGUUACUAAGCAACAAUGUAAAUAUUGCCCUUUUAACUGAAAAGGCAGGGUUUGCAUUGAAAAGUGUGCAGGGACAGGUUAUAGAAACAAGAACUACAUUAAGUUGUAGUGGUUCUGGUGACUAUAGCGUCCCUUUAAGAAUUGCGUAGUUUAUAUUGAAAUGCCUGGCUCCUAACUUUAUUUGACUCCUAGAUUCCAAGCAAAUUUGUAAAGCCCUGUAAUGAGGUAUUAUUUUGCAUAAGUAUUGUAAAAUAUGUACAUUUUCAACUGUCUGCAUCUGUUUUAAGUAGACUUGAAUAUUUACUCUCACGCAGUAUUGUAUGAAUGUAGAUAUCAUAGACCAAAGUUUUUAUCCUCACUACAGGUUUAUUAAUUUAUUGUCUACUCUAGAGCAUGGCAUUUUAAGCAGGGAUAUCCUUUUGUGUAUUAUAGAUUUCAGUACACAUUUUCAUCCAUUAAACCAAGCACAGUGAUUGGAGUUUCAUCAUAGUGGUAGCCAUGCUUACUCAAUCACAGAUGCUGCUGCACCUCGUAGUAACAAAAAAACUGAUCAGCAAGUGCAACGUUCUGGCUUUAUUUGUGAUAGAUUUCUAUUUAGUCCAUCAAAGUGUUGGAGGGAAAAGAACACAAAAAUUUGAAGUGCUUUGGCUCUUUGAUAUCAAACCGUCAGAAAACAGAGCUUUGGCAUUGAAAAUGAAGCAGCUGCACUAAAAGAAAGGAUCUCUUCAAAUUGUGCUUCAGUUUGAGCAACUCUACGUUCUCCUUCUCAUGCCACAAAGGCAUAAUCCGAUAUUGAAAUAGCUGAAACCCACUUGAUUCCCCAACUGCCAAAAUGUCCUUGUAAUGGAAUACAAAGGAUUUCUGUUUACUAUGCCAUUAACUUUUAAUGCCCCUUAAUUCCUUAAAAUGUAUAAUGAAAUGUUAUGUUUGUAACUGGUCCAAAAGAAACUUUGGUUGUAAUUGUGUGAUCCUAGAUGUAUUUAUGUAGUUAUAUUCUUCUUGUGUAUAACUUCAUAGUUCUGAGAAGUGGUUAAAGAAUUCAACUUUUUUUAUUACGUUGAAAUUUUACUGGAAAAUGGCAGCUUUGUAUGGAGCUCUGUGUUAAUUAAAACUGAAUCAAAGGAAAGUGAAACAUUUUCUAAUGUGAGGAACAUGAAUUUACAACUAAGAAUAAGAAUGGUUCCAAACUACAAGCCCUUCUAAGGAAUCCAUGCAGUUUCCAAAACAUUUUAUUCAGGAAUGUAAAUGGGCAGCAUUCCAGACGAAACCUUAUUCAUUUUGCACUAUUAAAGGACCUUUGCACAUGAUUAAUAUAAUUCCGAACAUAAUUUCAUUCAUCCAAAGGAACAAUAUAAUGUUAGUUAAGAAUACAAAGUUGAAUUCCUAACCCUGUAGUUGCCUGCUGCUCCCACUUCCCCACUGGCCAUAUAAAGGGUUAAAAAAAGCCCUUUACUGAUUCUAGCAUCAAUGUUCCUCGCCAUUGGAUUGUUUUAAACUCCUCCACCGAUGGCAGUGCAACUCGGGAACCUAAUGCACAUGCGUGGCGAGUGCAUUAGUCCUUCCCUAUAGGAAAGCACAGACUCAAUGCUUUCCUGUGGGACUUUUCUGCACGCUGGACGUCAUCAUUCGAAGUUUGGGGAUUUCCAGCAUUGUUUCAUAGAGUCAAACUGCAGGAAGCACCUCUAGUGGUUGUCUGGUAGACAGCUACUACAGGCAGUUUUAACCCUGCAAUGUAAACAUUGUAGUUUCUCUAAUCUGCAAUGCUUUACGUUGCAAGAUUAAGAGAACAGGGACACUGCACCCAGACCACUUCAUGAGAUGAAGUGGUCUGGGUGCCUAUAAUGCCCCUUUAAUGAAAAUCAUCAGAAACUUCUGUUCGUCCCCAAAUUCAAAGUGCUUUUAAACUAUUAGUGUAUCAUAUGAAUGAUUGGAAUUUGUAUCUGGGGUGUCACUUUAAUGGGAUUGCCUCAACAACCACAAAGGCAGCUAAACAGUCAUUCUUUCCCCUCCCCCAGCCUAUCCCCUUUCUUUCCCGUGUCUAGUUUUCCAAGAACAGAUAUCAGAAUGAAUGAUGAUCUACAAGCCCCUGUACAGGAGUCUAUCAUUUGAUCUAGAUAAAUGAGAAGCAGUUCCCUUAGAAUGUAAUCAUCUUUGGAAGGCCAAUGCGGUAGAAACAGAUGUCUGGCAGAUGUUCCUUUAUGUGUUCAUUUCGCCCUUAGCACAACCAAUAAGGGCUAUAAAGGCUCUACACAACUUGGAGAAACCAGUCCUGCAACACAUGAUUUCUUGUGUUGAAAUUGAUUUUUAACAUUUUAAUCUUUUUAUUUUAUUAUUAUUUUUUUAAAUGGAGGAUGCAGAUUUUGGUUUAGUUUUAUUUUGGAUUUGUUUGUACUGUAAUAUGAACAGCUGUACAGCCCCCUUCCUAAUCAGUCUAAGCUGUUUUUUUAAAUCAUAUUCUUUUGCAUUACUAAAAGAAAAACACAGUAACUAAUAUUUCCAAAACUAUUGCACUGAUUUAAAAAUGCAGUGUAGAGUGAUAUUCAUACAAGUUUGCUCAAAGCCUCUCACUGCCCUCCAAGGUUAGACUGUUUCAUACAAGUAAUGUAUGGGUGGCAUGGAGAGGCCUGUUUGUUGUCAAACUGCUGCAAGACAAUUAAACUUAUGUAGUUUAAACUCUUGUGACACCCAGUUAAUCACCAUUUGUAAGGGUGUCUAUAUAUUCUAGGCUGCUGUUUGUCAGUUGGUUUUGUAUGUUUUUUUCCAAACUCUGUGGUCUUAUGAAAUCCGCAAGUAAUUUUCUGCUUUGGCUUGCUUAGCAUGCAACAUUACCCGACUGUUAGCUGUAAUGGUUUGUUAAAAAUAAUAAAUGUGAAUACAACAAAUGUUAGUUCAGCAAAACAUGACUAUUUAGAAUAAAAGCAUGUAUGAAAGAAGUACUAUAUUUGUAUUUUCUAAUCUGAAAAUACUCACCGCUUCCUUAAAACUGUGGCAUUUACGUUAAAAUUUUUUCCUUCUGUUAAAUUUUUGUACUGUACAGUUGGCAAAUGUUUGUCUUACCAUGGCCUGAAAUCUAUUUUUUUCUCUUUGUGAGACAAGGAUUUUGCUAUGCUAUAGUAUUCUGAAUAGAGGUUGACCACUUUAAUGGUUUAAUUUUCAAAUACAUGCCAGAGUAUAGCUUUGGCUAGACUUGUUUAAAACAAGCAACGGUUAUAGUUGUGUGCCCCCACACUGCACUCCGAUAUGAAACUUUAGUGGCCUCUAUAAAAUAUCAGUGUCCGAUUUGAAUCUUUUUCAAAUUAUCUUAUUUCCUCUUUAAUUUUAGUUUAGUCACUUGAAAAAUACAGCUGCUUAGUGUCUGUAUAUGGCUUUUUUUUUUUUUAGCCUUCUCCGAAAUUGAGUUCUGCAAGAUUUCUUUAAACUAGGUCUGUAUAGUUAUUAUGAUAAUGUAACUAUAUAAAAGUUACCAUUGUUAUUAUAUAGUUUAAAUUGUAUUCAUAUGAUUUCCCACUGAAAACAGCUGCUCAGAAUUUUUUAACACCAUGUUGACGUUUUAUAUUUAUGCUCUUAUGUUAAUAGUGGAAAACAGCGAACAUUGUGACUUCACUAUACUGCGAAACAUGUUGAUAAGGUAAACUACAUUCUUAAUUUAGAAACAUAGGAGUUUGUAAAUUGUUUGGUGUGGUUGGAGGUGUUGGGGUGUGCAUGGGGGAGGGGUGCGUGUAAGAAAGAAACACUCGCUGGGAUAAUUUUCAAAAAUAUAUUCACGGAAUAAACGUUUUGACAAUAUAAUUUUAUUUUUUUAUUAGUCCAACCAGAAAACUUUUACUCGGGCACAGUGGUUUAUUCUUCCAAAAUGUUGCCUGAAAUAUUUGGUUCUAUUAUAAUACAUCAUUCUUUUUACACCUGAAACUGAUUUAUACCAAUAUAUCAGCACUUGCACAUUGUGAAGCAAAUAUUUACUGCUUUACUUAUUCAUUUGGAAAUAAUGACCAUAACAAUACAGUUUAUAUUUUUCAAAGUAGCUGCUAGGUGUGUUUAUAAUUUGCCUCUGCAAUAUAAUUCAGAACUAAAUAGUUAUUUUUGUGAGAUUUUGCACAGUACAAUCGUCGUUUGUGUUCUGUGUACUUUGAUGAGGAUCCUCUAGAUCAAAAUGUUGCCAGCUUUUUAACUGAUUCAAAUCGUACAAAAGAACUUUGUAGUAAUGCAUGUGUCCAUUUGUGUAUUGUGUUUGGAGUUGAACCCACAUGCAAAAAGCUUUUGAAAACCAUGUUAAAUACAAGUGCAGCCUGCAUAUUUUUUAGCCUCCUUGUUGAGUCUGUUAAUCAUAUUACAGCACACAUACAUACAUUGAUUGAUGUCUGUUAGACAAAACAUGCCAAUACAGCAGACUAAGAUCUGAUCUCUCAUUCCCAGAACUCACAUGCAGGACCUGAAGGAUGUAACCAAUAACGUACAUUAUGAGAAUUACAGGAGCCGAAAACUGGCAGCUGUCACUUAUAAUGGAGUUGAUAACAACAAAAACAAAGGACAGCUAACAAAGUAAGUGACUUCAUGAUAUAAUGGUGUGCUGUUUAACAUCACCUCCAUGCCAUAUCAUUACUUUUACCUUGCUCUACCUUCCUCCUACCACCACUCUGUACACAUUUGUUUCAAUCCAUAUAUUGCCAUUUCAUAAUUGAGAUCUUUGUUAGAUUUGCUGUAACAAAAGCCUUCAGUCUGAGCUUUUAAAGAAUUUGGAUGGGUUUCCAGUAGUUUUGGGGCAACAUAUGCAUUAUGCAUAUUGUUUUUUUGUUUUCCUUUUUCUUUUUUAGACAUUCAGAGCAGUUUUUGAGGUGUUUUGAUGUUAAAUGCACCAUGGUAAAACCAUUAAACAGUUAUAAAAUUAACAAUAACAAAUCUCUAUCAUUGCCUUCUGUAAUGCUGACUUUCCUUUACCUCCAACACAUUACUCUUGCAGUGCAUUUAUAGCAUUGAAUUGUAUUACAUAGUUACAUAGCUGAAAACAGACUUGCAUCCAUCAAGUUUAGCCUUUCUCACAUUUUUUUUUUUUUUUUUGCUGUUGAUCCAAAAGAAGGGAAACCCCCUAGUAUUAAGUGCACAUAAUACUCUAAUUUAUAGGAUUAGCAAAGCCUUGGAUGAAAAACUAUAUGGCAUUUUUUUUCUAAUUCACAAAAAAAGCAUGUAAAACAGAAUUGGGGGUAAAAUCAUGGUCUAGUACAUACAUCCACUGUCCUCCCAAUGGGGGAAAUGCACAUCCUUGCAUUUAAUUAUGCAUUUUUUUUCAUAUUAACAAAAAAAAAAAGUUGCAGAUCUCGUUUGAAGCAUUUGCAUAACUGGUUAUAUUCUUGGAAAAUUUACUGCUACCUGAAACAAGGUGAUUGUGAACCUCUUUAUAACGAUAUAAAGUAUGUGCAGUACUUUAUAAAUGUUGUCUAUUCACACAGAGUUAAAGUGAAAUGAAAACCAAAUUGCACAAUUCGGGUAAUUUAGCCAAGCUGUAAUGUUAGCCACAUUGAAGAUAUUUUUCCUAAAUGGUAUCUAAACUUUGCAUUUUAUCUUUCAGUUCACUAUCAUUUGGUGUUUAGUAAAUAAACCGCCCUCUUUUUCUCUUGAUACCAAUAUAAAAUCAUAAACCAUUAUUUAUAACAGGGGUGAGUACAAUGAUCUAAGUUGAGUACUAAAUAUGCUAGGGUUGUAUUAUUCAUAAAUACAGAUUUUGCCUUCAUAUUCAAUGCUGUUCUGUUCCUUUGUAGGUAAAAAAACAAAAAACUUCUAGUUGUUGGAAGUAGGUCAACUAUAAUAAAUUUAAAUUGGGUUCUUGAUGGUAAACUCCAUGUUGCUGCAAUGUGUGUCAUUACAUGUGACUGGUUUUGUGAGGAAUGUGGAGUACAGGCUGGAGGAGGACUUGAAACAGUCCCUUCUCUGCUUUUCAUUUAGUUCAUAGGCUAGUAAGAAUGUUUUAGUAGAAUGUGUCAUUGUAUAUAUGGUGACAUCUGUUGGUUUCCAGAGUACAAUAUCAGAUUUAAUGUUCAGUCUGUAGCUUUUAUUGAUAUGAUGCAUAUUUUCCAUAAAUGACUGAUUUUGUGUUUAUGAAUAAAUUAAGAAGGUAAGAAUUGUUUCCUUUUUUUGUAAAUGUUCAAAUUCCUCACCUUUUCAUCGGUUCACUGUUUUCUUAUGGAGGGGAGCUCUUCCAGCCUAUCCUGCUAGCAGGGCUUGGAAUUAAUUUGUAGGUUUUCAGAAAAGAAAACCUAUUUAGAAUCCUUUCAUACUGAUACAUUUCACAUUUUAUUCAUAAUGACCAGCACAGAGAUGCUCAGGAGUAUAUUGACUCCUUGCAUCUUCCAAGCCCUGCUAUUAUCAAAUCGGAUGCGCUGAACUUGCACUUCACUCCAUACAUAUAUUCGGAAUCCAUUAAUAGCAGACAAAUAGGAUGCAUUUGGCAUGCACACAGCACUCUUUUCCCACAACUUUCGUUUCCAUUUCAUUCCCCACUUAGGCUGACUUCAAAACUUUAGGAUUUAUUUUAAGUUCCUGCAAACAUGACCAGUCACUUUGAAAUAGAGUUUUUCUGCAUGCAUGAGAUAGCACAUAAUCACUGUGGAUUGCGCUUUUGAAGCCCUUCAUUAUGGACCAUGACAUAAGUCUGUAAAAGCAAAAUGUUUGUCACCGAAAAUAAUAAAAAUGAUUGGAAAGUCUAAUAUUGACGUUUUAGCAUGGACACACGCUCUGAGAUGCUAGAAUAUGUGACGCUUAAUACCCAGAAAAAUCAGAUUUGCACCAAAUGUCUGCAUGGUUUGCAGUGAUUGAAAUAUCUAGUUUAAGAAGUAGAAUUCACCCUUCACCUUUUUAUGCACAAUUUAAUCGCUUUUAACUUGUGAAUGUUAUUAAAUAUUACUUUUUUGAAAGGCAUGAUUACUGAUUGUGCUGCUACCAAUGCACGACUACACAUUUUUAAUCCAUCUGAUGAAUUAGUUAUUUGGUUUUCCUAUUUACUAACAAAUCUCCAAUCAAUAUAUGGCUGAUAUCUGUUGAAAUAUACUUCUGUUAAUAUGCACCUUAAUCUCUUCAAAACUUUUCUUCAAAUCAUAGAUGCACAAAUUAAAGCUUUUCAUUUAAUUGCUUUUUUUGUUUAUUUUAAUUUAAGCAUGCUAAGUCUUUGUAUUGUGUUUUUUUUGUUUGUUUUUUAGAUUUGACACAGUUGAAGGCAUGUAAGUGGUCAUUUCUAAUUUUUCCCAAAUUUUUUUUCUAAAAUAUUUUGAUUUAUUCUGCUUUCUAAUCAUUUCUACAACUGAUUCUACAAUAGAGGCUCAAUGCGGAAUAAAAUAAAAUGCUAGAUGAUGAAAUAGUAAUCCUUGAACAGUCCACAUGCUGCGAUAAUGGAUCACCAUCCCUACUCUAGCGUAAACAUUAUGGAACAUGGCUUUCCAUAAAUGUAUGUUCUGUAUUUUACAAAUAGAUUAGUAACAGGAUGCGUGUCAGGCUUUAGACUCCACGAGGGCCCCUUUUUUCACUGCACACCUAGCUGUUCUUAUAGAUAACUUUGACACAAAUUUAGAUGAGACAUUUCUUAUAGAUCCCUUACCAUAGCCAGUUGAUUGCACUCUAAUGGCUAUGGUACUUAGUGUGCCUCUAAGAAUUCUAUUAAUCUAAUUAAACUAACUUUAAUUUCACACCAUAAGAUUUCCUGUUAAAGAAAUUAGCAUAGGUCCAGAGAUGCUUAUGUUUUCAAUGCAUUACAGUGAACUAUAUAUUUAUAGUGAUGAAUUACCUUAACAUUUGAAUAAUUCCUAAAUAAAGUUGACAUAUCUUGUACUCCAAUCCAGUAGUAACUGUACUUGUCCACCCUGAGCACAGAAUAGUGCGUAUGCCAUUCACAGCUUUCCACAUCAUUUGCUGUUCAGAAUCGGCAUUUUAAGGGCUUUGCAGCUCUAUAUCCAUUUACACAUCUGGUAAAUACUACCCAGAAGCUAAACCGUGCCAGAUUUGCUCUUAAGUUAUGCACUAGCUUUUACAGAAAAAUGGAAGUCACUGUGAAUACAGGGAAGCUGCUGCCAUGUGUUGUCCAGUUUCUCCCUUAACAUGAUGUAAACACAAUCAAUCGAAAACACUUUGACAAUCGCUAUUAGAGGUUCCAAUCAUGAAAAUGACUUGUGAAUUUUACUGUUAUGUAGCAUUGAAUAGUAUACAUGCUUGACUUGUUAUUGUGGUUUUUAUGAUAUGCAGCAGUGUUAAUUUUGUCAACUAAAAAUUUUAGUCGACUAAACUUUGAGAUUUUGUUGACUAAAACUUAAACAAUUCAAAUGACUAAAAGACGACUAAAACGGCUUUUUAGUCAAAAGACUGACUAACACUAAAUUGAAAUUUGCCCCCAAAAUUAACACUGGCAGGUAACAAACAUGGGGGAGGGAGGAGAGAAAAUGAGAUACAUGGGGGACUGAGGGAUUGAAACACAUGGGGAACUGGGGGGAAUCAAAGAGACUCCUCACAUCAUAACCACUACAGCGUAUAUAAUAUUAUGAAGCUUGGAGUAAUAGCUUCGUAAUAUUCUAUGCUAAUUAUUAGGAGAGUGUUCAUUAUUUUUAUAUGUUCAUUGUUUAUAUGCAUUGCUGUGAUUGACUCUGAACACGUCUUUGUCCCAUUUUAAGAUGUCCAUCUCAAAAGAAGCAACAGGAACAAGGCAGAGUAAUUUCAUAGACUUUUCCCUUUUGUGCUUUAUUGGCACUUACUGUAGGCUUUGUCAUUAUUACCUACUGCCUGCACUUGGCUAAUCACUAGUUUGCUUGGUGAGUGAUUUUGACUCCUAAAUCUGCCACCUGCUGCGCGAGUAUUGCUUUUAGAGGGGCAAUAGAUGUUGUCUCAGACAGUUUAAUUUUUUAUUAGUAGAAUCUACAACUGUAUUGGACUGUCUUUGUGGUGACAAGAUGUCACAUGAAAAUGUAGAAACCAUAGCUACAAAUUUCAGCUAAGCCCUCUAAAUUUCUAAAUAAAAUAUUUAUAACACUGGUCGGUGCAGCCCAUGUUAAAAACAAAACUGUUAUAGAUUUGUGGCAAUCCUCCAUCCUCUGGCUUCAUCCCAGCUCUUCCCCUACCCUUUUGGGAAGCUAUGAGAAAAUGUGGAUUCUUCUUAAACAUGUGUUUUGGAAUCUUCAGGAUGGAAAAUCUAAAUCUCUUUAAGCAUAGAAGAAUAUUUUAAUGAAAUGGCUACUUAAAAUGCAGUGUGUUUGCCAGAAUUCCACACUCUUUCCAGUAAAACAGUCUGCAAUGUUUGCGUAAAGCUCUGCAAAAUAUUCCCCAUAUUUUACCUGUUUCUACUUGAUGAAAUCAAACCCUUGUUUGUUUUUGGCGUGUCAUAUCAGAUAACAUAAAUAUAUUCAAUUGCUAUAUUUCUUUGUGUCUUGACAAGGCAUUUGGAUUGAAAUAUUCCUAUGGUUUUGCAUUAACCACAUCCAUGUUUUCUUAAUUGACAACCGAUCACUUAUUUAUACCACUGCAUUGCAAAUACCUUUUCCAUACAGGUACUUCACUACAUUAAAUCCACUAAGGCAUACCAUAUAGGCUUUUGUAGAGUCGUCGUUAGUCAAUACACCUGCAAGAGUUUUUUUCCAAUUAUUUUGAGGCUGGGCGUUUUUUUUUUUUGUCUAAAAAUGUCUUUGUAAGGUUUAGAUUCACUGCUAUGUUAGGGAACCAUGCCAUUUAAUAUGGAGGAUAUAUAUAUAUAUAUGCCAUUAUAACUUGCUAUCUCAUCAUCUCAUUAAACACAUCUUUUCCUCUUUUCCAACAAUUAGCACUUAUCUGAGGUUUUACUAAAUCAGUCGCUGUUUAUAUUUCUUGUAGGAGUCCUCUGGCUCAAAUGGAAGAGGAAAGAAGGGAACACGUGGCCAAAAUGAAGAAAAUGGAGAUGGAAAUGGAGCAAGUGUUUGAAAUGAAGGUUAAAGAAAAAGUGCAGAAGCUUAAGGACUCUGAAGCAGAGGUAAAAGCAUGUGUUCUAUUCCUUUCCAUAUGGAAACCCCCUAUAAAACAAGUUCCAAGUUAAAAUACCAUGGUAAAGUAGUAGCAAAUGUUAGUUCUUUGCAUAAAAUGAGAUAUAAAACCGUAUGUGCGGUUUCUUAGGAGUUUGUGGCAAGCAAGAGGCUUUCUUCUGAAUAUUGAGAAUGCCAUAUUGGAAUACCUUAUACUCUUAAAUUAUAUUUAAACCCUCCAAACAAAAUAUGUAAAAACGAAGGUAAUCUACUUCUAAAUUUAACAUAAACGCAUACUUUAUGAUGAAAAGAUGAUUUUACUCUUCGUUUCUGCCACGCCGCACUGUAAAAAAAAAAAAUUCAAUUUAGUUUUAGUAGUGGAUAUCUGGCUUAGAAAUGGUAUGUUUCUCUCAGCCAAUCAGUGGUGCCCCUGUCAGGCGGCAAUCUGCGCUACCUGAAACUGACAUUUCAGAAGCCGGAUGUCGACUGGCAGGGAGUGAAGAUCGACGCUGGAGCCAACUUUGGAGUUUAACUGUUUGAGGUUUAUCCCCUGAAGAGGAGAGUGCCCCCUGGGGUGCAACUUAAAUUAAAGUUGUUUGGUGCCCCUUUAAUUUGUAUCGCAGUCUUUCAAUCUUAGUUGUGAUGACAGCAGCACAGUUACAUUGCAGAUGGUAGUUGGCUAUUUUGAGCACCAGUAACUUCAAUAACUAUUAUUGCUAAUAGCUUCUAGGAAUUAAUUUAAUUUGUUGCACACCUAUAAAAUAGUCUCCUCAACAAGAGUGUGGUGAGGAAGAGUGUAAUUGUUUUAUGUAUGAGUGUGAUUUGGUCAGUCUUGCAUAGCCCAAUUAAACUAGCAUUGAAUGUCUGUUUAAAAUGUAAUCUGUGUAAAUGCAAAGUUCUCUCUCAACAUAAUCCUAUAAUUGUUUUCUUCUAAAAGUGAUUUAUUGCAAUAACAUCUGAGUGUACCUGUAGUGGUUUAAUCGUGUAAAGAUGGUUUAUGAGACAGUCUUUAUACUGUUUCAAGGACUUUGUUGCACCACUGCAUGCAGGGAGUACAGGUUAAUUUCUUUCUUUUAGGCCACAAUGGGGGUAUCAUGUUUGUUUCAUGUUCACAUCUCACCUGGUAGUUGCAUGUAUUCCAUCCUCGCCUCUAUAAUAUAGCUGUAUGAAAAAAAAAAAAAAACACUGUUACUAUAGUAACCAUUUAUGUAACUACCAAGUUUAUUCUUUGAAAUAUCAUGCAACUUUGUGCGCCUGCUGUCAGUUCGUAAAGAGAACAGUUGAUUCUACAUUAUGUAAAUAAAGCCUCAAAUAUAACGUGCAUGUGCUUCAAAAUCCUGUAGCGUUUAACUUUUUAAGAACAAAUGUCUGUCACACACAUCAGAUCACUAAAGUAAUCAUCGACCUGCUUUGUUAAAUAUGAUCUGUAUAAAUAUGUGUAGCAUUAUUGACAACUUAGAUAUUACAUUUAAAAUGUGUGGGUAGCAUUAUUGACAACUUAGAUAUUACAUUUGUAUGCAUGUAUCCUGGACAGGAAAAUAUGGAUUGUGUAGUCAUUUGCCAUAUUCAAGAAACAAUUUAAAAGAAAAAACAAAUUGUCUAACAUGCUUGAGCACUCUGAUUUGUCCACCCUUUUAAAGAUUUGGUAGAUCUCUACAGACCUAGUGAUGGUGCAUAACCCAAAUAAAACAUUUUAGGGCUGCAAAUUAUCUCUAGGUUACACUCCUAUGGCGAGUAAGAAAGUCAAGCAGAGGUGGGGAAUAUUCUUUUUCAUUCUGUAUAAUCACACAAGUUAUAUGAACAUUUUGUAGAUGAAUAUUCUUUCAAUUUGGAAGUUUUUCUUCUGCUUAGUAGAGUGAAGCUGUAUUUGUCUACCUCUCAAAUCAGACAUAUCGGGUCUUUAAUUACCUCAAUAUGACGAGUUGAGAAAAACAUUGAAAAGGUAAUCUUAUUCCACAUAUCUGAUGGUUUAAUGGUUCCCACUCUUCAUUACAGCUUCAGCGGCGCCACGAGCAAAUGAAAAAGAACCUGGAGGCUCAACACAAAGAGUUGGAGGAGAAACGGCGUCAGUUUGAGGAGGAGAAAGUAAACUGGGAAACUCAACAGCGCAUACUGGAACAGCAGAAUUCUUCCAGGUAAUGAGAUUUGCCUAUUGCAGGGAUGGGGGAUCCAUUGUUAGCCAUUUCGAGAAUUAGGAUGUGUUUAAACAUAAGUAAACCUUAAAUAGAAGAUCAUUUGGGGUUACAUUUAAAGAGCAGUGCCAAGAUGCUAGCCCAUGCACAAAUCUGGUAUAAAACAUGAAGAAACACUCAAUAAACAAUGUCUCUUUAUAUCUUGCCAUACUGGUAUGCUAAAACUGUAAACUUUAAAUGGUGUCACACUGAUUUAGCUAAAACGAGAAUCUGUGCUUUCACGACUUUAAGAUUGAAAUCACAAUCACCAUAGCAACUCAGUGGACCCUUUUUUUUUUUUAAAUACAUUUUCUCUUCUCGUUUGGUAUACAGAUCUAUCUGAUAUUAUACUGAUAUCUAAUUUGUGCUCAUAUCUGCUAAACUCCAUUUAAUACCCUUACUUCUGCAAAAUAGCAUGUACAUUGUUUCUAAGGAAUUACGAAUUACUUCUCUAUUAUAGAACUUCAUUUUUGUCCUCAAAACAAAUAUUUGCAUGAUUGCAGCUAUACAUUCCAUAAGAACUUAUGAUUAGAGCAGUAAUGCAAGUUGCAGUUUUUUGGUUUUUGUUUUCAAUUUUAACUUUAAAAAAAGUUAUCUCCUACAUCCAUAGGGUUUGCUGCAUAGAACAGAUUGAAAAUGGACAAGUAGUUUUAGGGCAAAAAUAAGUGACUUUUGCACUUUACUACUUAAUACAAUUUUUUUUACACUCGCCUUUAGGACAGAAACACAAUUGAGGUAGAUAUCCAAGAGCUGGGGAUAACCGCUAUAGUGGGUUAAUAGCCAAUUUGCCACGAGAACAAGAACUAUCAAUGUUUAGAUCUCUGCUGGACCAAAGCAAAUUGGACUGAUUUUACAUACAAAUUUAAGUAGUCUUUAAUGUUCUUGUUUGGAGUAGACUCUAGGCUUCCCUAUUCUGAUUUCCAGCAUUGAUAAGAGUCUUCUCACGGCAUCUUUACUCUUCUCCCUGGAGAGCACAAGUAUUGAUUAUGUCCUGGCCAAUCCAUUGCUUCUCAAAAUAAAUUAUUGAAAAUAAGGUUAAUGUAUGGCAAGCACUGCACACUGCCAGUAGAAUAAGUCUCAGAGAGAAGCACCCACUACUGCUAUAAACUAGUGUUCAAAGCAACUUAACUGGAAACCAUUCAGCAUGUCUGACAGACUGGAUAGUGCGACUAAUGUCAUCUAAAGGUAUAAGUAAUUAUUUCUCUUGAGACUAAAAGUACGGAGCUAGUAACCACUAAACUGAACUUUCCAGAGCUGAAGUGCUUAGUGGACUGGAGUGUUUCUCUAAAUUUCUUGUUUGUUAAAUAGAAGUAAAAAACAUGCACAAGAUCUAUUAGAAAUUUGUAUGGAAAAGAAGUCCCUUUUGCUUUGGUAAUGCCUUGGUCCCGUAGUCGUCUAAACCACUAUUAACCCACUAUAGUUGUCAUCCUCCGUUUGGAUAAUUACUGCAAUUGUCUUUGAUCUGUAGUGGAGAAAUGAUGACUAUUCACUUAAUACUAGUAGCAUAAUCACAUUUAUGUGUGUGUGUGUGUGUGUGUAUCUUAAUGACUUUCUCUGUCUCUUUCUAUUCUUAGAACCUUGGAGAAAAACAAGAAGAAAGGGAAGAUAUUUUAGAAUCAUUCUUAGACCCCGUACUCUAUCAGUUGCCAAUUUGCCAGCCCAGACAUCAGUGUUCGUUGGAAACAUUCAGCCACUUUUCAAAACCAGUUGCAUCCAUAAUUGUUGGAUUAAGCGGCAUGACAUUUUUUUUUCUUUACCCUUUUUUUAAUUCUUAUUGUUGACGGAAAUUAAGAUGCCUUGAAUUGUUUGAGGUUUUGCAUACUUGGAGAACUAUACGCUGCAAGUAACUUGCUCCCUUUUCCCCCCACUUUCUCUUUUUAACCGAUGCCUUCGUUUUAAAAGCAAGACAAAGCAUUUUACUGUUGUAUAACCAUGAUCUGGUGGCUGGUAGCAGGAUAAUCUACAACACAAGGACUCUGGCUUACAAAUGAAGAUAAAAACACCAUACUUUUGUUGCAUCUUCUAAUUCUCUCACACGUAUAACAAGACUUCCAUACAUACGGUUUAUUGUAAUUUACAUUUUGUUCCCCUAAUUUUGACAAUUCCAUUGUUUAAAACUACACAUGGGAAUAUAGGCUUACAGUGCACAGAAAGCUUUUUUUUUUUACGUUUUUUUUUCUUUUCUUAGAACCACCCUCUUGUGUUGGGGAAUUCUUUACUUAUAUGCUAUUUCCAUUUAGUAACUUCUGUAGCCAGGAGAAAGUACUGCUUCCUUUUGUAAUAACAUUUACUUUAGAUAUAUUUUUCCAAAACUUGGUCCUACUGAAUUAAAAUAUAGCUUAUUUCCUUACGGUAGAACCAAUGAGUAAAAACUUUUUUUUUUCUUUUACCUCUUUAAAUCCUUCCCUAAGUUUUGUGGUAAAGCAGCAGGAAUGAUGCAUUUAUAGGUCAUUUCUAGAUUAAAUUAACAACCUGUCUGUUCCUACAUUAUCGUGCAUUUUAUGUUUUGCUAGAAACGGGAAUCAUGAUCUCAGAGAGGAACAUCACAAUUUUGCAUUUAGCUGUAUUCAUAUACUGCAUUUCUGUAUUUUUUUGUUUGUAUUGUACAAAGUCACAUAAUAAACAAUGUUGUGAUGUAAUAUUGCCAAUAUUUAUUUUUUAUUCCUAGUUUGUACACUUUUAUAGAGUAUGUUAUGUUUUGUGCACACACACAGAUGAAGCAUUCACUGGAUUUAAACAAAAAAAAUCAAUGGUAU